UUCUCCGGUGGGAGCCCUUUCCCCGCUGCGUCGCUCCCCGGAGAGGCUCCAGCCGCCGCUUCUUCCAGCAAGUGCCCACUGGGCGGGGCGACCUGGCGGAGGCUCCUGCCAAGCUGGUUGGGCUGGGAGGUGCAGCCGGAGACACACCCCGCUGGGCUGGCCCGACAGCGCCGCCACCGCGCCAGGAAGGAGAACGGGCGGCCGCUCCCUACCGCCUUCCCCUCCGCCUCCACCUCCUCGCCGCCGCCCAACGGACGGAGCGGACACUCCCCUCCCGCGUUCCGAGCAGCCGCCGCAGCCUGAGAAACAGCAGCAGCCUUCUCGUCCCGGCCGGACGACCGACGGGCUCCGAUUAGACGGAACCGCCGCUGCUCCCUCUGCCUCGGCUCGUCCUCAUGGCCACUCCGGAGGAGAUCGACGGGGCGGGCGUGGCCCGGCCCCACUACGGCUGUGAGUCUGGGGCCGAGGGAGGGAAGGGCGCGUUGCUUGCGGCUUGAGAGAUGCCUCGGGCCGUCGGUUUAGUGCCAGCGUCUCCUCCUACUCCGCCGGGGCCGUUUUGUUGGAGCUGGCGCCCAGGCACAGCCCUUACCGGGCCCGGAGGAAUCGUUCCGACUGGCGGGGGAGGAGGACGCUGGCUUGCUUGGCCCGGGGCUGUGGGUUUAUUUGGCCGAGCAGGAAGCCGGGCCCGCUGUGAAAGUCUCCGCGCCCCCUGCCUCCCCAUCGCCCCCUCAACAUGGCGGGCGGGCGGGCGGGAAGCAGCGCUCCCCGGAUUGAUCGUGUGAACGGCCUGCCUCGCCGAGCGGCGCGCGUUUCUCUCGGGCUCGUUUGCACGCGCUGUCGCCUUUCGCGGGGUCACGGGCCGGGUCCCCUGUUGGGCAUCUUUGAGCGAAGCAGCCGCUUUCUCUCGCGCUCUUUCUUUUCCCGGGAGGACCGGGGGGGGGGGGGAGAGGAAGAGGAGGAGGCCCGAUUUUAGGGGCCGUGGGGCGGGGUAAGGACCGCUCCCCUCCCCGAGCAGGAAGGGCGGCGACGUGCAGCUCCUGGGGCGGGUCCUCGGCACGAACUGCCCGUUCUCCCAGCUCCAUGGAUGCCUCGCUUCACCAAGUGCAGGAGGCUUGGCUCCCACCGAGCAGGGUGGCAGCCUUUGAGCGAAUCAAACCUCCGUGGUUGAGGGCAGUCUACCUUUCCACGUGGGCGUCAGCGGAUAACUCGCUGGUUUCUGUGAGGAGGAGUUUCAGGGCUGGACUAGAUGCAAAAGGUGUCAUACCAGCGAGGCAGUGCUUAGCCACCCUCACAUUUUGUAGGAGACACCUUGGCAUCCCAGGGAAGUAUUGAGAGCUAGAAAACAUUGGAAGAGUCCCAAUAUUUCAGUGUUGCUGGGCUCAGGCGACCGUGUGUUCCCUGUUUCUUGUGAACUCUGUGGAUGACACCCCUUUGUGCAAGUGGAUGAAGCUCAAGGUUUCUGCCUGCAGCUGAGUGCUGGGUUUAGGCUGGAAAUGGGUCUGAGUAGGGGGGGAGGCAAGUUAAAGAGCUGAACCCUUGCCAUAACCUGUUGGAUUUCUGCCUGCUAAUCCAAGCUACCCUUUCCAUGUAGAAAGUGGGGGAAAUGAGCUGUCCAUUUUACAUUGUUUGCCAGCAUUCCUGCAAAGACCUGAAGGUUCUCUCUAUCCCAUUUCAUCCUCCCAACAACCCUGUGAGGUAGGUUAGGCUGAGAGACAGGGCUAACCAGGGAUCAGCCAAUGAACUUUUGGGCUGAUGGGCAUUUGAACCUGGAUCUCCCCACCCCUAAUCCAGCAGUCGGUAACUAUUACAUCAGCCUGGCUCUCUGUACUGGUGGCAGCAGGGGGAUUUUAAAAAACGUCAAAGCCUUACUUUAAAACCUACAUUCUUUCAUAAGUCAUUGCUGCUACUUUUUGUGGGUGGGCUGUGUGAAUAAUGCUGCUGCCCAGUUCCUGCUAUGCCAAACUGCCAGGAAAUGGCAGCAUCGAAAACAGCCACAGGAUCUGUCUACAGGCAAUAAGGAUGGUUGCUCUGUCCUUUCCUAUCUCUCCAGGCGUAGUUUCAAAGCUGGCAGCAGGAAGGGAUUCCUCUUUGGUGGCUCUGGAACUGCCGGCUAUAGAAUCGGGCCUGGCUGGUGAGGUGCAAAAGGGGCUAUUACUGUUAUUUAUUAAAUUUGUAUAUCACCCUUCAUCCUUAGGCCUUGGAACGAUUCAUGGACAGUGGGGUUUGUCUGUUGCAGGGAAUGUUUAUGAGCAUCCCCAGUUUUUCUUCUGUGAAAUGGGUACUUUGUGGUGGCCCUGACAGCUCUUAGAUUUUUUUAAAUCUAUCCCUGGGCCCAGAAAUGCUGGGGACCCUUGCUUUAGGGAGAGUACAGCCCCUCCAGAGCAUGUGGAGCACCACCAUCCUGGACACACAAAGCUGUCAGAUGGUUCUUCUACCUUGUCAGGUUGGCUUUUCAGUUUACUGGGCCUCAUCUAGUCCAUUGUUUCCAAACCCUUUCCCGACAGAUCUGGUUUUCACCAGUGGAUGAGCUCAUUCAGUGGCUUCACAUAAAGGCUGAAAAACAUGGGGGCAGAAUGGCAAAUGUCACGGGACAGAAGUACAGUCAUACCUCGGGUUACAGCCGCUUCAGGUUGUGUUUUUUGGGGUUGCGGACCGCCGAAACCCGGAAGUACCUGAAUGGGUUACUUCCGGGUUUCGGCGGUCGCGCAUACGCAGAAACGCUAAAUUGCGCAUGCACAGAAGCGCUGAAUCGCAACCCGCGCAGAUGCAGGUUGCGAACGUGCAUCCCGCACGGAUCACGUUCGCAACCCGAGUGUCCACUGUCUCCACAAACCUAUACCUGGAAUUUGCCCAGCAGGUAGGAGUGGAUGACCCCGUUAGAGGCAGUGAGGCAUAUGUGGGUGUAUAUAUACUAUUCAUUUAAACACACCCCAGAAAUAAUCCCGGGAACUGUAGUUUACCAUUCACUGAGCUACAGUUCCCAGCACUCUUACCAAACUGCAGUUCUUUGUGUGGUGGUGUAGGAACGUGCUGUCAAUUACAGCGUGCAGCUCUAAUCUGAGCCAGGACUUUUCAGCUCCAGGGUUGGAACUGGAGCAUCUUGUGUGCAAGUCCUGCUCAUCCUAGCUGCUCAAGGGGUGUCAGGAUUGUCUCAUCCAGAUGACUGAAGAAAUGAGUGUCUUCUCCCAACUGAGGAUCUUCUCCCAAACCACUAUGUUAAAGGAAGUUAUUUUAGGAUCCUCUGAUUUAAAUAGUUGCCUGGGAAUAUAAUGUGCAUUUGUAAAAUAUAAUAGAAUUGUGGAGCUGGGAGGGACCCAGUGGUCAUCUAGUCCAACCCCCUGCAGUGCAGGAAUCUCAGCAAAAGCAUCCAUGACAGAUGGCCAUCCAACAUCUCCUCCAAGGAAGGAGAGUCCACAACUUCCCGAGGGACACCUUUCCACUGUCUUAACAGCUCUUAUCUUGAGUCCUGCAGCACUGGUUGUGAGGAGCAGGGCCUUUUUGGUUGUGGGGCUGGUCCUGUGGAGCACCCUCCCACUGGAGGUCUUCAUUACCCCGCCAUUAUAGCCUUAUGUCUUCAACUAGAUUUGAUGGAUACUUUUAAAAUGUGGAGCAUGGGACUGUUACCAAAGUCAUUGAACUAAAGCUGACUUUCCUACACAAAGGGAAUCAGUGGGGAUCUUAUACCUGAGGCAAAGUGUUAUGAUCUGUCAGAUAUAUUUCUGUGGCAAAUUAUGAAUAUUUACCACUCUCAACCAAACAGCCUGGUAUUUUUAGAUGCAGGGAGGGAAGGUGCCCUUUGCUCUAUUCUCCCAGAGGAGUCAGCAGAGCGUUCUCAUGCCUCACUUUGGCUGGACCGUUCCUUUUCUGACUCAUGGAGAAACGCGUUUCUGCUCACAAGCUAUCCUCCCAUGCUUCUGGAAGGUUCUGGGCACUGACUGGUCAAGAUCUCAAAGUUUUAUACAGAAAGUGCCACUGAGGAGCCCCGCCCAUUUCACAAAAGCUCACUUUGCCUCAAAUCAAGUAGUUCUGUAGUGCAGAAUCUCAGGCGUUGGUCUUUAAGGUGUCGCAAGACUCCUUGUCUGAUGCAAAAGGCAUGUGGGCUCCAGGGCCCAAAGUCUGCGUUUUGCUUACAAGGAUUUGGAGUGGCUCUGUUUCAUGGCAAACCAGGAUGCUGUAAUUAUUAGAACGUUCAGUUAGUAAGCUGGCUUGUUCAGCAAAGAGAGGAGGAUGGUGAUGAUGAUGAUGAUAAUUAUUUUAUUUGUACCCUGCCCAUGUGACUGGGUUACCCCAGCCACUCAUCCUGCCUCUGCAAGAGUCACUGAUUUGUGUCUUGUCUCUCCCCCCCCCCCCCAAGGCACAGGGUUAGUUUGUCUAUUUCUUGUGAAUGGUUGUGAGCAUAGUCAGGAAGUCUCAGAAGAACUUUCAGUUUCAGGCAGUGCAGUGGCUUUAUGUUGUCAUCAGCUUGUUUUUUAUUUGUGGAGGGGGGGAAGGGAGCACACUGAAUGUAAACUGUUCACCCUGUUGUCACAGCAGGUGUGUGCACCUGGCAAGUCUGUCCUUGGACUGGCUAUCUGGAUUAGCUUCCUCCUCUGUUGGAGCCUGGGGCCUCUGCUCUGCAUGGUGGAGCCUUAUUUUAGUACUUUCUAGGGUGGGCAGGAUGCUCCCUGCACUGUGCUUUCGGUUGGCGAGCGUCUUCCCAGCGGAGUCUGGGGUUAAAAUCCUGCUCCUGGUUUUUGCAAACAAGGCAGCCCUGGCAAUCUUCUUGCCUAAGGGGUGAGAGGGUGGGUGAAAAUGCUUUAAAUUAAAUACAUAGUAAAGUGGUAUAGGGGGGUUGACUCCCCAUUUGUUGCUUGUAUUGAGGUGGGACUUGGAGGGAACAGGUGAGCCAUUCAAAAAAACAAAAACAAACCCUUGGCACUAGCUGUCCUGUUUGGGGGGAGUGGGUGGGGUGCCGGACCUUGGGUGCUUCUGGGCACCCAAGUGAGGCUUUGCUCCUUCAGCUCCCAACACCUCCCACUUGGGGACGACCCCCUGUUGAGCUGCACUUUGCCUCGGAGCCUUCUGGCUUCCCUGGACUGACCCUGUCCUGCCUUUUUGCAGCUGUCCUGGAUAAUGAGAGGAUGACUGCAGAAGAGAUGGAUGAGCGGAGACGGCAGAAUGUGGCCUAUGAAUAUCUUUGCCACCUGGAGGAAGCCAAGAGGUAAGAGGGCCCUUUCAGAGGGGUGGUGAACCCCAUGCUGCUAAGAUGCUCAAGGGGUAUCAUUGGCUCAAACCACCAGUGGUGCUCAUUGCAGCUUCCAGCUGGGGUGGGGAGAGGAACAGAGCAUCCCUGAGCCGUUGGACCUGCUGCUUUGUUGCCAGGCCUAGCCUUUUGCAGAAACAGCUGCCCCGUUUUCUGGCACCUAGAGACAGGCCAAUUAAGCUGCUCCGUUGCUUUCUCUUUGGCUGUGCCACUCCCACCUGCAGUUCCCAGUGGAUUAUUUUUGACCUCUUUUUACUCCUUUUGCUUUCAAAGAAACCAUAUUUUCGUAUCACCUGAAGCUGCUCUGGAAACAAAUAGUAUUUUAAGCAUAAAUCAGCAUGUGAUCGCCAAAUUAAUGAGCAUGAUUACAGGGCAGAAUAAUAACACUGCUGGAUACGAAAGCAAAAAGGUAGUGGUUAAUAGCCUGGAAGAUAAAUCAGGUUUGUGGGAUAUGUCAGAAGGUGAGGGAAGCUUGGGGUUUAAUAGGGAAGCUGCUUCCUGCAAUGAGGGGGAUGUAUCAAGUGUGUUUUGGGGUUGGUUAUGGGUUGCGUUUGACCUCUGAACUGGCCAUGGAGCUACAGGAGUGGAGAGGAUUUAAAAGCAGGUUCAACACUGCUUUUGCAGAUGCUUGAGGUGGAUUGAUGAUGUCUUACGGUCCAGAGGCAGUUCAGGUUCUCCUGCUCUAGGAAGAGAGGAAGCUGCCUCAUACCAUUGGCCCAUCUAGCUCAGUGUUGUUUACAAGGCAAGCCCAGGAUUUCAGGAAGUGGUCUGUUCCCCAGUUCUGCCUGGAAGUGCUGUGCAUCAAACCCAGAGACCUUCCCAAGGUAGAGUGGAGCCACCAAGAAGCCUUUCCCUGGAGCAUCUUUCUCUGAGCAUCUUGCCCCCUGCCCCCUUGAGGCUUCUUGGGGAGCCUUUUCUGUGACAAGGCAAGCCCUGGAACAGGAACCAGAGCAAGGGGCUAUCUCCACUUGCCAGACUGGUGUCUGGUCUCCCCUCCAAGCAGCACCUGAGAUUUGGGCUGAUGGGGAAUCCCUGGCCCACAGCUCCCAUGAGUUCACCCCCCACCAGCAACAUUUGCUGCCCAAGUUUGUGCGAUGUGGUUGACCCUAACCACCUCCUUCCUCUGUCUCUCUGUCUCUCCCUAAUAUGACACAGGAACUGUUGGGCCAAGAAUGAGAUGAGGAAGUGACUCACGUUUUCCUCCCUCCUUUCUUUCUUCCGGGCCCAAAGUGCAGAGCCUGCAGCAGCCUUGCAAGAGGCUUUGCGCUUCUGCAAUUUGCGAAGCCUUUCCAGUUAGAAAUGUUGGUUUGGUUAGUUGGCAAUAAAGUGCCCUCUAGGCCCUUUUCAGUUAGUUUCCAUCUCUUAAAGCUGUUGACAAGGGGCUCUCCUCUGGAGGGUGGAGAAGUUGUGGGGAAAUAGCUGGCUGGGCUCAAGUGUUUUGUGAACUUCGCCUUGGAUUGAGUAAAUCUGUGGAGCCUGAAGCUAUGAUGGUUUUUUUGCUCAGUGUUGUUGAAGUGGAUGCAGUUUGAAAUCCACAGGGUAGGAAGCUUGUUGGAUUAUCUGAUGCGGGCAGCCAGGUGAGAGACCCUUUGAUGCCGCCUGUCAACCAGUAGUGGGACCAAAUACUUUCGAAACGGGCCAGAACAAAUGGAUUAACACUGCCCACAGAAUCAUGUUGGUUUCCAUUUAUUUCAUUGGCCAAUGAGAGAGCGUCUCUCUUUUUCUGUGGGUCAUUAAUCAUUCUGAUCUGAUGUGAGCGAUGGAUGUGAGAGACUCUCUGAUUGGAUUCUUAGUGUCUGUCUGGAUUUCCUGCUGCAGUCAUAAAUGUGCUUGGAAAUUCCUCUUUUCCCUUGUGUUAUAUCUGGCUUGCUCUUGUGGUGUUUUCUGAAAAAUCUGUAAAAGUAGUUUGCAAAAAUAAAACUAAACCUUGGUUUUAGCAAGUAUCCUCUUGUGGUUGUUCUGCUGCUUUGCCAUGUGCAGCAAAAGGUCAGUAUUUUUGGCUGGUAAGAGCAUCUGCCCUGUGAAGUGUCAGUGGGCUCUGCUUUGUGGACACUGUAGUUGCGGAGCAGCAAAGGCAAAACUUCCACUCCUGCCCUCAUGCUGAUCCGCAGUUGAUCCAUCUGGGGAUGAGGGACAACAGCCUUAUUUUGUGGUUGACCUUCUGUUCCUUUGGGAAAUAGACUUGGCAUGUACAGAACUGCUGGCAAAUAAACAGCCAAUUCCAGUUUGCUGCUGUUGCAGUUCGAGGCUUAAGUUCAUAGAAUCCUCACGGUCUGAAGAGACCUGGGCGGCUGGCGAUGAUGCAGGAUGUCCUUGACUGCAGCAUCCUUGGUCAGAGGUCGCUGUCCGGGAAGGUGACCUCUAAGGAAAUGAAUCUGCCAGCUUCCAGCUGCUCCAUUGCCUGGACAGUCCAUGCCUCCAGAAAGAACUUUUGCAUAAUACAUGCAUAUUAUUUGUAUGCUGCGUUUCCAUAGUUAAAACUAUGUACAAGGCGACUUACAACAUGAGUAAAACCCACAUAAUUACAAAUGUAAUAAAAGUAGUCAUAAACAAUAAGACCAUCAAAAGUACACAACCCAUUUAAACAAUUUUCAUGUAAGUCCUUUCUCUAUUUUUACUUUUUCUCUUUUUCCUUUUCUCUUUUUUCUCUUUGUUCUUUUUCUUUUUUCUAAUUUUCUUUUUCAUUUUUCGGUACAUGUUUUUUCCCCUCCUUGUUAUUUGUACAAUUGUUUUCUUUUUGUAUGUAUGUAAUAAACCACUGAACCUAGGGCUUGCCGAUCAGAAGGUCGGUGGUUCGAAUCCCUGCGACGGGGUGAGCUCCCGUUGCUCGGUCCCAGCCCCUGCCAACCUAGCAGUUCGAAAGCACGUCAAAGUGCAAGUAAAUAAAUAGGUACCGCUCUGGAGGGAAGGUAAACGUCGUUUCUGUGCGCUGCUCUGGUUUCGCCAGAAGCGGCUUGGUCAUGCAGGCCACAUGACCCGGAAAACCUGUCUGCGGACAAACGCCGGCUCCCUUGGCCAGUAAAGCGAGAUGAGCGCCGCAACCCCAGAGUUGUUCGCGACUGGACUUAACUGUCAGGGGUCCAUAACCUUUUAAUAUGUAUAUUGCAAAUAAAAUUCUUUAACCCCCCCCAACAACCCCCCCCCCAAACAGUACCCACAACCCAAUGGUUAGCCGUAGUUCCUUCUCCUUGUAAUUUGAGCCCAUGCUGGCCCUGUUCUGGUGCAACCUAUGUCAUAAGGGAUGAAGGCCAGCUCAGCUGAUUCAGCCCUUUACUUUUCAGCUUUUGGGACAUGCAAGGUUUCCACUGCUGUGCCAUUCAGAAGUUCUAAGCUUGUUCCCAUUUUUAAAUCCUCUCUCUACAGCCUGAUAGAUAAAAGCAACUCCUGUGUGGAGGCACCAGGCCCUUCCAUCGCCUGAAAUGCUGCUCUCUGCUUCCAUGGCCAGGUUGGCCAGGGUUGGGAGGGAGGUGAGCUGGGUUGUGUGUGCCAUAUUCAUUCAUAUACUUCAUUCAUUCAUAUCUCAGAUGUACCAGCAGAAGCCUACAAAGCAAUUUUUUUAAGCUUCUGUAAUUUUUUCUUUGAAUUGCUGUGGACAGGUGCUUAUCAGUGUGCCGUACUUCUGCCCAGAGGUGCUGCACUUCUGCCCAGAGUUCCUCAGUUCCUGGCUUGGCAGCCUCUCUUCCUUUCUCUAGCAUACUUGGCACGAUAGACACCGCCAGCCUGCUGCAGAUUCCUUUUGUCCCCCUUUCCAAUCUCACAGGGCUUCUCAGUGGUCCUUUUCCGAGACAGCAAAGUGGAGACCAGUAAAUGGUAAAGUACUACUGCCAGGUUUGGUACUGUGAUAACCGUCCCCUUAGCCCUAGUCUUUUUUCUUCUUUUUUAAAGCCCACUUUUGCUUGGGCGUGGAACAGCAGGUGCUUCCCCCCAUGGGCCACUCUUGCCCUUCUCCUUCAUAGAGAGGUUGCUGCUUGCAUGAACAGGAUGAAGUUGAGAUGGAAGGAAGCACAGACCAAUUUCUUGGCCUCUUGGCCUUUUUACGGGGGGGGGGGGGACUUCCAUCUUUCUUGCCCACCUGGGUUUGCAGCUUUACUCUCUUAGUUUAUAAACUGUCUGUAAAACUCUCAGUGCAUUGAUGUCACAGGCUCUCUGGGAAGUGGGGACAGGGAUGGCUGCCCCCCACCUCAAUGCCUCUUCCCUGAACUUGCCUUGAAUUAAUAGAAUUAUAGAGUUGGAAGGGAGCUUGAGGAUCAUCUAGUCCGACCCACUGCAAUGCAGGGAUAUGCAGCUGUCCCAUAUGGGGAUCAAACCUGUGACCUUGGUGUUAUCAGCACCAUGCUCUAACCAACAGCUAUCUAGAUUCAAGCCCCUCCUCUCUGUGUAAAGGUAAAGGGUAAAGGGACCCCUGACCAUUAGGCCCAGUCGUGGCCAACUCUGGGGUUGCGGCGCUCAUCUCGCUUUAUUGGCCGAGGGAGCUGGCAUACAGCUUCUGGGUCAUGUGGCCAGCAUGACUAAGCCGCUUCUGGUGAACCGGAGCAGCGUACGGAAACGCCGUUUACCUUCCCGCCGGAGCGGUACCUAUUUAUCUACUUGCACUUUGACGUGCUUUCGAACUGCUAGGUUGGCAGGAGCAGGGACCGAGCAACGGGAGCUCACCCCGCCGUGGGGAUUCAAACCGCCGACCUUCUGUUCGGCAAGUCCUAGGCUCUGUGGUUUAACCCGCGUCCCUCCUCUCUGUGUAGCUGGGAGUCAAAUGGCUGGGGUGUCUCCUGGGGGCUGAUACUUCUGCCUUGGCUAGCAUUUGCCUCCUUGUGCCUUCCUGGUUCCUCUGCCUCUGACUGCCUGUAUCCUGCUGCUGCUCUUUGCAACACCCACCAUCAAGGCUGGAUAAAUCCCAGCAACUAUCUAAAUUAGGCAGCUGGUCCCCAUCCCCCCCCCGAAUCUAAAACCUGAUGCUGGUCCUUAGCCAUUUUUCCAGCUCUGAGCCCCAGCCCUGCAUGUCUGGGGGAUCCUGGGAGGCUUUGCAGUCUUAUGCCCUCCAAGUUACUUGCUAGGGACUUGUACAUGCUUGACAGUCGGGAGUUUUCAGCAGGUGCCUGGGCUUGUUAUCGGUGGGGGAGGAUCCUGCGUUUUGGCAGCUGACAACAAUGGGGCUCCACACACCUGGCAAGGAUCCUCCCAGAUGUGCCGUUGGAGAUUCUGAAGAAGCAGCAGCGUGCCCAGGCUGAUCCUUUUCUUUAGCUGCCGAAGGAGGGCUGUUGUCUUCUCUCUUCCUCCCCGCACUUUGACUUGCUGUGUGAAGGCUGGCCGUGCGCACCAGUGCGGGCGAGCCAAGUGUGUCAGGAGGAUUCAGGCCACAUUGACGCAGAAAAGGGAUCUCCCAAUUCCCCCCUCCCAGCUGCUUGAGCGCUGGCCUGGUGUUGCAACCACUGACCCUCAGUCAGCCUUUGGAACAAAGCACUCGCUGCUUGCCUGAACAGGCCCUGUGGUGUGGGAACUAGACCUUGAGGCCUUCAGGGCAGAGAUCCUGGCUUUCUUUCAAGCACAGCCCGUGAAGGCCCCUUUGUGAGUACCGAGUGAGGACAAAACACCUCUUGGAAGAGGAAGUAACGUUUCCCCCCCGACAUGUGUCUUGCACAAGAGAGACACUCGCAGCAGGGUUUGCACCAUGUCUUCUAGGUCGGAGACUGUCACCUUCCUCCCACCGCUGGGUUCAGUUUCAGGCUCUGCUUUGGUUCCAGGCUUCUUCAGGGCCUGGUGAGCAGUGGCUCAUUUGGCCUUUGGAGUCCUUGCCCCUCUCUCUUCUCCCCUACCCCAGCUCUGGUCCACCCAGAGUUCUCAAUAACCGCAAAGCCUGUUGGUGUUCCACCUCCUCUGAAAAAAAUAUUUAUGUCGGGGUAAGAACCUGUUGUGGCCCUUGGAGUGCCCUUGGUCACCAAAGUCCCUGGCCAUGAUGGCUCUGCGUAAUGGCAUAAUGCCUUAGGCCAGUCCCCCCACCUUUCUUGUUGAAAACAAAUACAGUGGUACCUCAGGUUACAUAUGCUUCAGGUUACAUACGCUUCAGGUUACAGACUCCGCUAACCCAGAAAUAGUGCUUCAGAUUAAGAACUUUGCUUCAGGAUGAGAACAGAAAUCGUGCUCUGGUGGUGCGGCGGCAGCAGGAGGCCCCAUUAGCUAAAGUGGUGCUUCAGGUUAAGAACAGUUUCAGGUUAAGUACGGACCUCCGGAACUAAUUAAAUACUUAACCUGAGAUACCACUGUAUUGACAGGGUUGGCUGCAGUCAGAGGUGGGCUCUUUGGUUGCCUGCCCAGUCAAGCUCAGCUUCCUGGCGGGACAGCUCUUUCAGUGGGUGGGUUUUGCUCAUGCUCAGUGAGGUUGGACACCCCUCUCCAGCUGAGGCACAAAAUACUGAUAAAAUACUGCAUAAACAUGACUUAAAAGAACCCAGCUGUAACAAAAAUUUAGUAGUGGUUUAAAACGAAACGUUUCCAGCCUAUAGUUCUCACCAAGAUGGCACUCUGCUGCUUUCUGCUCUAUGACCCUGCUCCUCUGCUUGACUGUUUUCCCCUUGUGACACUGGAGGUUCUUUGCAGUGUCAGGUUGGAGAAGGGAGGUGGACUCAUUGUGGCCCAUUGUGAAUUGGAAGAUGACCUUGGAAGAGGGCUUGGGCAAGGAGAAGAUGCUGCUGCCUGCUGCUACCGCUCUGCACAGAUCCCUGCAGCUGCCAAGCGGCCAUAAUGGCCCUGGGGCCCAAGAACCAGGUGGUGGGUUCUGCUGCUGUGCUGAGGGAGAGACCCUGCCAUGCAUUUUGAGGAGCUGGGUGCUGUGGUCUUCAGGGCAAGAUAUUUGGGAUCGUGCUGGAGGGGAGGACUUUGCUCCCUUGAACGGCUAAGAGCUGCUUUGAAUCUCACGUGUCUCUUGUUUUAUGGCUGUGGUUUAUUUUUUCCAUUGCAUGCUGCUUUGAAUACAUGUUGGGAAAAUGGAAUGAUACGCAAAAAGCACUAGGAAGCCUCAGCUGAGGAAGCUUCCAGAUGAGAGGCGCAGCUCAGGACUCGGGCCUAUGGUUGCCUUCACUUCAGGGCUGGCCCAGUGGUGUGCUUGUUUCUGGAGUCCCAAGACAAAGAACCUCUUGGGGGAGAUCUGGGCAGAGAAGUGUUGAUCUUUUGGGGGCCUCAGGGCCCCUCUAGCUGUUGUCAGACUCCAGCUCCCAUUGCCCCAGAGGGCGGGCUGGGAGGGCAACAGACCUGGCCAGUCACCCACAGGCACAUGGGCUGGUGGAGGUCAAGCGCCUGAGGAGUGAGAGGUCAGAGGAGGUCAAGGUCCAAGGCAGUAAUGGAGGGCUGAAGGUGUCAAAGAGAGGCAGGGGUCAUGAUCCAUGGCAGGCGCUGUAGAGAGAAGGAAGUAGAAGGGCAGCCCACCUGGCUGGCAGGGUUUUUUUAGGAGGUCAGUUGCCUCCCCAAAGGAUGGGGCUGCAGCAGCUGCUCUCUAAGGCUGAGGCUGCUUGACCCUUCCCUCCUCCCCCCCCCCAGCAGCGGCCUCAGGGCAGGGGGAUGGAGGCUGCCUCCUCCUUGCAGCUGAUGAAGGUGGCUGGAACAUCUCCCAGAACUACCUGGCGCUCCUCCUUCCUGCACCUAGUUUUCCCGCACGGGGAGGGCCCUUCAGGGGAGGCCAAACAAGUUGGACGGGUUUGCUUUGUUCUUCUUGCCCUUCAGAGGAAACUCCUUCCCACUCCCAUUUUGUCCCUGCUGUGCUGACAGAGUUUUCUGGAUUUGUUGGUUUUGAUUAUAUGAUGGGCCUUGAUUACCGUUGCGGAUGCCUUGCCUUCAAUCUGUAGAUCAAGGGUUGUGCCCCGUGCUAGUCUUCCUCUGAGUAUGCUCGUUGAAAUUAAUGGGCACAGCUAACAUAGGGCUGUGAAUUUCAGUGGGGCAGCAAAUACUCCUGGCAUACAACAAAGUGUUGCUCUGUCCCAGCUCCUGCCAACCUAGCAGUUCGAAAGCAUGCCAGUGCAAGUAGAUUAAUAGGUACCGUUGUGGCGGGAAGGUAAACGGCGUUUCUGUGUGCUCUGGUUUCUGUCACGGUGUUCCGUUGCACCAGAAGUGGCUUAGUCCUGCUGGCCACAUGACCCGGAAAGCUGUCUGUGGACAAAUGCCAGCUCCCUUGGCCUGAAAGCGAGAUGAGCGCUGCAACCCCAUAGUCGCCUUUGACUGGACUUAACCAUCCAGGGGUCCUUUACCUUUACCUUUUUUACAGCUCAGCUGCCUGUGGAAAUGGGAAUUCUCCUCCUGGUGCUGCUGACAGGUUCUUUUUCUGCCCUUGGUGUCAUCAGGCUCUUUUUAGAUUAUUUAUAUUAUGAUAACAUAUUAAAUAUGAUAUAUUAAAAGUAUCUCUAAGCUGUGUACAGAAAACUGAAGCAACUACAGUCAACUUAAACAAAAUAUUACAAAAAAUACACAGUUACAUGUAAAAACAUAUUAAUGCAAAGUUUAUAAUAUAUGAAUAAAUCAAUAUCAAUUCAUUUUCCUUCUGACACAUCCUCCUCCUCUGCCUUCAGCAUCCAAACAAACUCUCAGCUCACCCACAAAAUUCUCACUACGAGAAGGGUUCCUGGAAACAGUGAACCCUAGUCUCUCACUCCAAACUUGCUUUUUAUGGGCAGGCUAUAUGCAGAAAUUCUGGUUUUAGUAUGCUGGCUGUUUGCCAUAGUAAACAUGGAUGAUGGGCAGGCCCAAGAUGGAUGGCUGCCCACAGCUUUGUCCCAUUCAGCUGUCCCGUCUGAUGAGAGAGCUUAGGGGAUGUGGCCCCCCCAGCAUCUGACCUCCUCUUCUGCCUCAGAGAGUCCUUUGCUUCCCUUUGAGAGUCCCUCCUGCCCGGCUCCCCUUGGCAGGGCCGCUGUUUGCCCAGAGAGCACCCUUCUCUUGCUGCCUCCUUGGAGGCGGAGGGAGGAAGCAGUGCAUGAGGCUCUCCUGAGAGUUCAGGAAGGCUUAGCCUUCUAAGGCAGCCCUGUUUAGGGAAGCUUUUAAUGUUUGAUGUAUUACUGUAUUUUAAUAUUUGGUUGGAAGCCACCCAGGGUGGCUGGGGAAGCCCAGCCAGAUGGGCGGGGUAUAAAUAAUAAAUUAUUAUUAUUAUUAUUAUUAGUAGUAGUAGUAGUAGUAGUAGUAGUAGAAGAAGAAGAAGAGUUUGGAUUUGAUAUCCCGCUUUAUUACUCCCCUUCAGGAGUCUCAAAGCGGCUAACAUUCUCCUUUCCUUUCCUCCCCCACAACAAACACUCUGUGAGGUGAGUGGGGCUGAGAGACUUCAGAGAAGUGUGACUGGCCCAAGGUCACCCAGCAGCUGCAUGUGGAGGAGCGGAGACACGAACCCGGUUCCCCAGAUUAAGAGACUACCGCUCUUAACCACUACACCACACUGGUGUAGUAUUAGCCACCUUCUCAACAGGUGCUGUUGGCAUCCUGCACCAGAGACUGGUGGCUGAAAUGGGGAGGGGUUUUCCGGGUGGGGCUGGGGCUGCCCAGAGCACCUGUUUGUCCUAGCUGGGGUGCAUGAAAAUGGGGGUGUUUCCUCAGAGUGGGCCCUUUUCCCCUGCAGUGUUAAGAACGUAAAACAUCUUGCCUGAGCGCUGGUCUUUCCCAGAGCCCAGCUGCGUGGCUUGGCCUAACUCUGCCAGCACAUUCAAUGCCACAGCAGCCACAGCAGGCCUGGGUGUGGCCUGGGAUGAUGUCAUGCUUUAAAUUUGGUAGCAGUGCCUGCCUGCCUGCCUGCCUGAGCCGCUCACUGGAAAGUUUUUUUCGGUGGGUGUAGGAGGAAGAGGUUGGAACUGAGCAAUCUGAGGAUUUGGCCAGAGUUUCUGUGAAAUGUUGCUUCGUCCUUGGAAAAUAACUUUCCAUUUCAGGACUGCCUCUGGGUGGGCUGGAUUCCUUUUCCUAGCUGUUUCUCUGUGUGAGUCUAGACAAGGCAGUUUCCCUCGCACAGAUGCACCCUUUUCAGAGGUGUUUUUUAGAGGCAGCCUUCCGCUCCCCGUGCCCCCCCAAAAGCUAACUGAAAGGAAAGACCUGUGCAACAGAGGAAGGGGUGUGGCAGUAGCUGCCCCACCUUCGGAGCUCAUGGGACUGUCAGGGGGUGGAACAGCAGGCCUCCCAGCCACACUUUCCUUUCUGCUCCUUUUCCUCCCAGAGGCUUUUGGUGGCAGAGCAGAGGCAAAUGCCGGGGGCAGGGGGCAUCUGCUGCAGGCUGGGGGGAAGCGUCUUCCUUCCCUACUUCUCUGCCUGGCUCAGAGGGCAUUGGAGAGCUGGAGCCAGCCAGGACAGCCCACGAGCCUCUGGCUCGGAAAGUGGGGAAAGGGCCUUUCUGGAGGCUCCUAAAAAUAGUUGUUCUCAAAGGUUUGCAAGAGUGUGCCGGCCCUUCUGGAGCCUGCUAAAUCAACCCCCACCCCACAUCUGCCACCUGCACUUCCUGUGCUGCUUCUUCCAGUUCCCUGCAGUGCCCCACCCCCAAAUUGUCUGUCCAGCUGCAAGCUUUGGAGGGCUCUCCGCCUCCUCCUCUCAUGGUGAAACAUGUCUGGCUGGUGUGUUUGGGUGUGUUGGGUUCUGCCUCUCUUCCCUCCUCCCUUCCUGAGCAUUGUAGACUUAUUUGUCAGAGGCUUCAAUGGCUGGUUUAUUCCUCCCCCCCCCCCGCCACCCAGCCUGAGGAGCUGACAGUGGGAGGCCAGUGCCCCAGUCCCCCCCCUAUUGGUGCAUGCAGGUAGGGAAGCAGAGCCCUGGCCCAGAGGGAGGGAGACAGAGAGGGCUGUGGGUCCCCCAGGGCCUCCACUCCACAGUUGGCCUGGGGAAGAGAUGCCUCUGCUGAAGCGUCACCUUCUGGGGUCCUCAGCAACGCUCCAAAACUUUCCCCACGUUAGGGCUGAGAAGGAGCUGAGGGUACCUGAGCUCCUGCGGCUCCCCCAGGCAGCUGCUAGUGGGGAUCCAGCAUGGAUGGUUCAUGGAGGCCACAGCCCCCCCUGCAGAAGCCAGACAUUGGCUAUUACAAGGGCAGCUGGGCCCCUUCAUUCCCCUGCAAGAGACUUCCUUGUGGCUUAGACUCAUUGCUCUAUUGGAGACAGGAAGGGGCACAAUUGCACCCCCUCUUCUGGCAUCAUUUUACCCAUGCAGAAAGCACCUGUGCCCACCUGCCCCACCAUCUUGGAGGAUGCCUUGUGGCUCGUUUUUGUAGCCCAUAGAUGGCCCUUGGCUUACAUUUCUUCUUUGGAUGUUGCCUCAGACCUGGCUGGAGCAGGCCGUGAAGAGAGGGAGGGGUUGGGCAGCUGCCUUCCCUGGCAAUAAACAGGAAGGGGGGGGUGAAAGAGAAAAGCACCCAGCAGAGGAGGAAGUGCAGAGCUGUGGUUUCUGGGAGAAAAAGGAUGGGACCAGUUGUCGCUGGUUCAGCCAAAGUCACCCCCUGCAGAUGCGGUAAUCCUGCUGCUUCCUGAGUCACCCUUUGCUGUUUUGUAUUCUGUAGUCGGAAGGAAGUUGUUGCCAAAGCAGGUCUGCCUGGAAGGUCUUUUCUCGGUCCUUUUGGAAUUGAGGGGGCAGAACCUGAAGCUAGCUGGAUUGUCUUCACUAUGACAGCUUGAGGGAAGCCAGUGCAGCGACUGAAACAUACUGUACAACCAACACCCCUGCGAGGAGGGCUGCUGCUGCUGCUGCUGCUGCUCAGUCACUGGGCAAAGAGGCUGAGGGUCACCUCUGCUUAUGCUCUGUGGGACGCUGUUCAGCUGUUGAAACCCAAAGUGGUGGAGAAUGUUCUCAAAGGAGUUUGCCUUGGGUAGGGCUAGGCAAUAUAUUGUUCAAAACUGGUUUGAAGUCCAUAUCAUGAUAUUAUAUUGUUUUCCUAGUUUUUGACCUGGAUUUAAUACGAGGUGUGUGUGUGUGUGUGUGUGUGUGUGUGUGUGUGUGUUAUGCAAAACUCACAACAUGGGAAAAACUGUGAAGCCCACCAAUGCCUCUAUAUAUCUCCAUCCGUAUUUCAGUCAUUGUGAUAUAUCAGAAUAUUGAGAUGUUUAGCUGGUGGUAUAUCACAAAGUUGAAAACCAGAUAUCACCCAGCCCUACUGUUCCCCUCUACAUAGUUCCAUCUUUAUUUCAGACAUUGUUAUACAAUAUAUUGGUACAGUGGUACCUCGGGUUACAUACGCUUCAGGUUACAGACUCUGCUAACCCAGAAAUAGUACCUCGGGUUAAGAACUUUGCUUCAGGAUGAGAACAGAAAUUGUGCUCCGGUGGUGCGGCGGCAGCAGGAGGCCCCAUUAGCUAAAGUGCUUCAGGUUAAGAACAGUUUCAGGUUAAGAACGGACCUUCGGAACUAAUUAAGUACGUAACCAGAGGUACCACUGUAUAUCACAAUGUUUAACUGGUGAUAUAUCCCAAUGUUGAAAACCAGAUAUCGGCCAGCCUUAGCCUUGGGGCCUGCCAGCUUGAUUCUUGGCCAUCUUUACUUAUAACAGGUAGUUGGAGGAGACCACUUGGCUAGCAGGCCCAAGAGACCAUUAUUAAUGGCUGUGCCUCCUUGGGAGAACCGGCAGUGGCAGAUGACUGACCAAGGAAGCCUCUGCAGGAGGGGGAGUUCCUUUCUGGGCCAGAUGCUCAAGCAGGUGCUUUGUCUGUGUGCAGGUCCAGAUGCUCUUGGAUGAGGGUGUUUCUGGGCUGGACUCCCAAGUGGGGUCAGGAAUGUAGUUCCACAGCCCUUCCCCACCGCAGUUGAUCUUAUUAAUUCCUUAUGAGCCAUCCUUGGUAGUUAUUUGUUGAAAGGCAGGCAUGCAAGCGUAAAAAAUAAAAAGCUAGAACUGGGUGGUCUCUUUCCCAACUCACAUCCUUCUCCCCCACCCCUCCUGCUUGUAGGUGGAUGGAGGCCUGCCUCAAUGAAGAGUUGCCCCCCACAACGGAGCUGGAGGAGGGGCUCAGGAACGGGGUCUACCUGGCCAAACUUGGAAACUUUUUCUCCCCCAAAGUGGUGUCUCUCAAGAAGAUCUACGACCGGGAGCAGACCAGGUAUAAGGUAGGCAAGCAUUUUUCUUCUGUAAUGAAGCAUCUCGCGGGGGCAGAAAUAAGCAAUUGGCCCAACUGCAGCUGUUGGAAAGUCCAGAGCAGGAUAUAUGAGAAGAUGUGUCACAGUUGGUGUGCCCCGAUUUUUAUUUCGCUUCCUAAAAAUUGGUGCAUGGCUUUUCACUAGCAAUAAGAAAGUAUGCGAAUAGUCUCAGUUUCGUUUGUUGAUCGCAGAAAGUCUUCCUUAGAGGAGAGCAUGGGAUGCUUUCUGAAGGCCCUUGCAGCUAUGGUGAGGCUCAGGCGGCAGCUUUUGCACAGAAAUGUGUCAACACGACUCCCACCCCCACCCCAAAUCCCUGGCUUCUGGAGUGAAGGGGGCUGAUCCACCUGAACACAGUCUGCCUGCGUGCAUGAUGCUUCUCCGUUGUUUUAUUUAUUUACUUAUUACCUGCCCUUCACCCUAAGGUCUCAGGGCAGGUUACAAUACUAAAACACAAUACCAAAAGCAGUUUUAAAGAAACUUACAAUGCACCUUCCUUCACAUCUCCCGCUUUUUCCUCUGCGUUUCAGGCUACGGGCCUCCACUUCCGGCAUACAGACAACGUGAUUCAGUGGCUGAAUGCAAUGGCAGAGAUUGGCCUCCCCAAGGUAACUUUGCCUGGACUGGGAACGGAAGGAGUCUUUGAAGGUGGGGGGUGGGGUGUUGGCAGAAGAAAUAGGCACAUGGGAACCAAGACCGGAGCACUCCAAACCACUUUACCUCUUCACUCCAGGUUCUUGGCAUAGUCGUCAUGUUUCUCCCUCCUGCCAACUCUUCCUUGCUGCCGAGUGCCCCCUCUCUUCUCCCUGUUCCCCCCUCCCCACAAAAGGACUGAGCUUGUGGGCACAGUGGAGUGAGCUCUGUUUUGCUCUGCCAAGCAUGUGGAGGAAUCAGUGAGCCUUUUUCUCUUUGCGUUCAGAUUUUUUACCCAGAAACAACAGACAUCUAUGACCGGAAGAACAUGCCACGCUGCAUCUACUGCAUUCACGCACUCAGGUAAUCACACAGAGGGGCACAGGUGAGGCGAUACAACAGAUGAUGUUUUGAGGCUGGAAGAAACAUCCUUGCCUGUCUGCCCCUUUCUCUUUCUCUCUGUCUCUUAGAAAGGUAACAGGCACCAACAGUCUGCUUCCCAGCAGAAUCAGUCAAUUCUCACUUUCCUUGCUUUGUUGGCAAGGAAAUGCAUUCUUUUCAACUGCCUACUUAAACCCCAUCUGGGCUUACAUUAUGUUUGUUGAUUCUAUCAAAAAUUAAACCAUGCACCCAUAGUUCCUGCCUGGAAAACUGAACAUGCUGAUGCUAACAGUAUACAGUAUUAGUUUCUAGGGUGGCCAGAAAAGAAAUUAAACUUUUUCUGCCUCGGUCCUGAAUCGGUUGUGCUAACAUCAGCAUGGAUGGGUGAUUAAUCCUGCCCCCUACAGAACAACCCCCCCCUCCAUUUCUGUCAUGGUGAGAAGCUAUUUAUUCUUGGGAAUUUAGGGAGUUACCCUGCUUCUAAUUUGCCCUGUUCUGGCAGGGGGAGAUCUUCUAUGUGCAGAAGACUUAAGGGCAAGAGGCAACUUGAAUCUAAAAGUCGUAAGAGGAAGAGAUCCCAAAAAUUUCCUUCAAACAGCAUUUCUGUGGCUUCUCCUUUAAUCUCCCCCAGGGGUUAUUAUUAUUAUUUUAUUAUUUAUUGAAUUUGUAUUCCGCCCUUCAUCUGAAGAUCUCAGGAGGUUCAUAGCAUAAAAGCAGUACAAAAACUCAAAAUGCAUAAUAGAAGCAAGAGAAAGAACAAACCAAACCAACCCCCCCACCCCACUGCCUGAUCAUCCUUUAUUUUCCCUCAGUUUGUACCUGUUCAAGUUGGGAUUGGCCCCGCAGAUUCAAGACCUGUAUGGCAAAGUGGACUUCACAGGUGAGGGGAGCUCCUGCCUUCCUGUCCUUGGGUCGGUCAUGGAGGAAGUGGUUCGAGUUUUUGUUUUUAGAAAGGGCACCGUCUGGCUGUUGGGUUGGACAGCAGAGCCUCCCUUUGCUUUCUGCUAAAGAUCAAACCCCAGACUUGGACCAGGCCUUGCCUUCUCGAGUAGGGGCCUUCCCAGGUGCUAUCUCCUCCACCAGUGGCUGGACCUGUCACUGGGAUUUGUGGAUGGCAGGGGGGAAGGAGAUGGGGAAAUAACUGGCUGCCUUUUUGUUGAACCCUUGGCUGGCUGCCUGCCUGCCUUUACCAGGUGUUUUCAAAAGGGCAUAUGGGCAUAUCCUGGGACUCACCUGCUGGUCCUUUUCCAUUGUGCUAUUCCAGAGGAGGAAAUCAGCAACAUGAGGCUCGAGCUGGAGAAGUAUGGGAUUCAGAUGCCUGCCUUUGGAAAGAUUGGUGGGAUUUUGGCCAACGAGCUCUCUGUGGAUGAAGCAGCACGUAAGGGGAAAUGGGUUUCACCCUUUUCGGGUUGGUCGUAUGAGAUAGAGCAUUGCCAUGGAGACAUAAUCUAUUGGAAGAAUUAAAUAUGAUGGAAGGGAUUCAGUCUGUAAAAGUGGCAGAGGUUUUAUAUCAUGCAGGGCCUGGAGGUUGCCUUCUGAGAUGAGCACCUCUUUUGCAGCCACGGGUGCUUGCCAGUGUUGUGCUGCCAGAGCUCCUGUUCUCUGCCCAAGUGCCCACGUUCUCCUCCCAAGAAAAGGAAGGGGCUUGGGCUUGUGGGGUUGAGCAUCUCCAGGGGCUGUGACUGACCAGAGCCUGUGCCUGGUGUUCUCUCCAGUGCAUGCUGCUGUGAUUGCAAUCAACGACGCCAUCGACCGCCAGAUUCCUGCUGAAACGUUUGCGGCAAUGAGGAACCCCAAUGCCAUGUUGGUGAAUCUGGAAGAGCCCCUUGCGCCCACCUACCAGAGCACCCUGUACCAGGCGAAGCGGGACAAGACAGAAAAUGCACGGAACAAGGUAGAGUUUAUUUUGUAUACCGCCGAAUGACCCAAACCUCUAUGAGGUUUGCACGUGGCACUUUCUGCUCCAUAUUGUGGAAGUGCUUAGACCUGCAGCUGGAGAGAUUGCUUUGAUGGCUUCGACCCACAGCUGCCUCAGGGUAGAUCAGGCUUGCCACAAGGUGAUAGCUCUGUCUUGUGGGGAGGAAAGGCUUGCCAUGCCCUGCUCUUCUCUUGCACCUCUCCAGGGCAUGUGCUUGAAUGAGCGCAGUGCUAGGACCUGCCGAUGCACAUGCCGCAUUAUGCUUUUGAAUUAAAAUAGGAAAAGUCUCUUUGGCUAGGAAUCAGGACUUGCAUGGAACUUGGCAGGAAAGUGACCUAAGCUGAAUUUCUUUCUGUCUGUCUUUAAACCAGACUGUGAUAGUUAACACACAACUUUUCCUAUAAAGCUCAAAGCAGUAAGGAAAGUGUGAUUACUGUACAUUGUUACUCUCCCCAGGCCACACCCCCUCCUAAGCUACAUGCCUCCCCAGUCCAGUUUACUCUCCUUGAGUGUUUUAGUCUGGUAGGAUGUGCGCUUGAUGUCUGGCAAUGCAAACUCUAGGUUUGCGUAGUAACUAGCCUACUGUGAACUGUGCAGAGGUGAAAUUUGCAUCAGUUGCUCCACCCACUUUUGCCUCUGGCCCUGUGUGCUGCUGGUAUGUGGCCUCUGGAAGAUUGCCCAGAUAGGAAUGCAGCCUUCAGUUUAGUAAUGCUCCCUGACACUGCAGUAGAUUGAUUGAAUACACGUUUGCAGUGUUGGGAUCCAGCUCUGAAAGCUGGUAUUGCCUUGCAGCCACGUGGCUUGCACAAGAUGCUUCAGUAAUUUCUUGCUAGUUGUUUGGGAAUGUGCCUCUGGCAGCGCUGCUUGGUCCGGGAGGAGGAUGGGGGGGGCAGGGAAUGUUCCCUUUCAUUGCAGGAACUCGGUGUUGAGUCUCCAAGCGCCUUCUGGCUUUUGGGCAGUGGGAAGGAAGGCCUAGAGGCCCUUGAGGCAGUGUCUCCACGUGGGUCUAGUGCAUCCGCCAACCUGUUGAGCCCCAUGCCAGUGCCUCCCAGCUUUGGAAGCUUUUGCCACCGCUCCCCAAAGGCAGCUCCUGUCCUGACUGCUGUUUUCUCCCUUCUUCCUUCAGAUUGCCUCUGAGGAUAUGGAAAGGGAAAGGGACGUGUAUGAAGAGCUGCUGACUCAAGCAGAGAUCCAGGGCAACGUCAACAAAGUCAACAGUAAGCCCAUCAGCCCCAUCCUAGCAUUCCCGGCUUUCUUAUGAGACACUCUUUGCCCAAGAAACUCCUUUAGGAAGCAGAAAAUCCCAUCUCUGGAUGCCCCCCCCAAAAAAACUACGCCCCUCCCCAAAAACUGUGCUCCAACACCAUCCUUCUAUGUGGGUUCCAUUUGCCUCAUGGAUGUGCUUGAGAUGCCGAACUAGAGACUUAGCUGGGAGUAAGCAGCAGGACGGGGGAGGCAAAGUGCCAGGAGAGACCAUCCUCUGUCCAUAUUGCCACUCCCUCCCCCACUGGCUUCUAGAACCUUCUGUUGUGCUCUGGGACAUCUCAGGCAUGGGGAGCAUUUGGGGUUCUGCAUGGGGUGGUGGAGGUGAAGAAGCCCUCCUGAGGAGGCCUUCCCAAGGCCAGCUCCGUCUAGCUUUCCUUCUCUUUCUCUCUCUCCUCAGCCCACUCGGCCUUGUCCAAGAUCGACCUGAUUCUGGACCAAGGAGACCCUGCCGCAUUGUACGCUGUCCUGUCAUCGGCAGCCUUGGGUCUCCGGGGGCUGCGGCCGGAGAAUAGCGACUGGUACCUGAAGCAGCUUCUGAGGGACAAGCAGCAGAAGCUGGAGGUAGGGGAGCCAGCAGGUGGGUGGUCCUGGCGCCUGGCUCGCAAGGAGCUCCUUCCGCUGGUGUGCAGUUGGGACCCAGAAUGUCUUAAGGACCAACAACACAGACCCCGUGAAUACAUGGUGGCCCUGAGCAACUAUUAAGUUUUUGUUCAGCAUUGGCCACUGGCUUCCUAAUCCGGUUCGCCUGACCUAUUCUUGGUCUCUUCUCCAAGUGCAAACUUCCUGUUCUGCUUUGAGAUACUGCCCAGCUGCUGCUCUCCAUGUUCGGCCAAGCGCUGGGAAUUGUGGGAGGCGUUGCACAGAAUGCUGCUGCUGCCGCCUCCUCCACGUUCCCGGUCACGAAUAAGGGGGUCAGCGGAAAGGAAAUAAAGGGAGGUUCUGGAUCUGCCGGGGCUGUUGGAGGCAGCGCAGACAAGUCUACUCUUUCCCCCCUCAGGCCGGCAGAGCUGGGCCCUUGCAGAAGGAGGAGCUGCAGGCCGGGGUGGACGUGGCUAAUGGCAUGGCUCAGCAGUACCAGCAGAGUAAGUUCUCCUCCGUGGGGCCCCUGCAGUUUGGGUUUUGCAGCUGGACAGGGCAGGCCUUUCUUGUGCUUCAACUGGAAAGCAAGUCCUCUCUUCACCCCUCCGCACUCCCUUCCUGCAGGUUCUGAGGGGUGUCUGGGCAGGGGGCUGUCCUCCCACCCAGUUUUCUUGUGACUGCUGUGAGAGCAACCUCCCCAGCUUCACUUUUCCUCCCAUUAAGAACACGCCAUCUCACUCUUUCUUUCUUCAUUAAUCCCCUCCUCAUCUUCUCCUACCUUCAUUUGUUUAAUGCAGCUGUGGCUGACACACCCUUCCAUUUCCCCUCCCCUGUGGCCCAGGUGCCCUUGGGCAUCUUUCCCUUGGGCAUCUUUUCCCCACUGCUGGGUGGGGUCAAGUCCUUCCCUCCCACUUACAUCACUCCCUGAGGGAGGAACCUCAGGUGAAGCAUUGUCCCUGUUGUGAAAAAAGCAGUCCUGCAGCCCCAAAGGAACCUGUUGCCUUGGGCUCUGCUGUGGUUGAAGUGGACAGUUUCCUUGUGAGGGGAAGGCAUGGUGCUUUGCUGUCCGCUGCUUGAAGCAGCCAGAUCCUCUUUUCACCUCUGUCCAUUUGGAAGAGGAAGAAGCAGGUCAGCCUGGCAUCCUCCCUAGGAGUUGCUCUUGGGGGUCAGCAACAUGUCAUCACUGUUAUUCUUCUUGGUGCACCUGGCUUGCUCCUGGAAAUGCUGGUACGCCCAGCAGCCUCCAGGGGAGCAAAAGCUUCAUCCUCUCUCCUUGGGCUCUCAGGAUUGGCAGCUGUGGGGAGGAUCAACACAGCCAUCCGCAACGGCCUCGCUGAGAAGACAGUGGUGGAACUGAUGAACCCCGAGGCCCAGCUGCCUCCAGUCUAUCCGUUUGCUGCUGAGCUGUACCAGAAGGAACUGGCCACCCUGCAGCAGCAGAGUCCGGACGUAAGUCCCUUGAAGGCUUUUGCUGAUGGUUUGCUUUUAAGGUGCCCUUGUGAGACGUUGUUUGGGCAUUCCUGCCAGGGCUGUGUGCAUCCGUGAGAAAUGCAUGUUUUCCACCAUGAGUCAAGGAGCUGGCUGUGGCUCCCUAUUGCAUGUGUAUGCAGUGAGGAACAUGACCCGUGCAGGAUGUGAACUUGACAAGAAGCUCUUCCAUGAGCUACAUUCACAAGCAUGCCGGCCACUCUGCCUCCCAGGGGCACCUUCAUCCUUCUCUCCUACUGCAGCAUCGCUGGGACUUCAUGCUGGGAUGAGCAUUUGGGGAAGGUGGAUCAAGCUGUGCUUGGCUGUGCCUGGCCCCGGGGGCAGGAGCGCUGCUUGGCUGGCUGGCUGAACUUGGCGGUGCGGUGGGGUGUGUGUGGUGCUGAGGUUUUCUCCUACCAUUUGCUUCUGAAAUACCUCUGGUACUUUGGCCGAUGUGAUCUGCGCUUUUUCCUCUUGUCCGUGUCUACUUAAUGUGCACAAGUAGAUCCCUCCAGGUCAGGCUUUCAGCCUGGCCUUCCAGGGAUAUUGCAGAAUGCUUCUUUUGCUCAGAGAGAGGAAGAAAUGAUAAGAACCUUGAAAUUGUUGACCCAGACCCAGAUCCCUCCCCCCCCUGGACAUUCUGCCAGUGGAGUUUAGCCAGUACCAUCACCCCUGAGGCCUUGCAGUCCAGGCCUCCUUUCCCAGGCUCCCUUUCCUCACUUUGUGUGGUCAGCAUGGUCCUCUUUCUCUGUCUCCUCAGGGUCACCUCACACACCCAGAACUGUCGGUGGCUGUGGAGAUGCUCUCUUCAGUGGCCCUCAUCAACCGAGCUCUGGACUCCGGGGAUGUCAACAUGGUCUGGAAGCAGCUGAGCAGCUCAGUGACGGGUCUGACAAAUGUCGAGGAUGAAAACUCCCAGAGGUCAGACCCCCACCCCACCCCACUCCACAACACACCCACCAGCCUUUCUCUCUUGAGAAGGGCCAAGUGCUCCUGCGGCAGCAGCAGCAGCUCAAGAUGGCCGAAAUGGGAGGAGACGAAGGAAAUGGGACCUGUUAGGCCCUCUGGCAUCGUGAUCCAGAGUCCUCUGAGUCCCAAGUGGAGGCUCUGGGGAUGGACCAGAGGGCCCAACAGCACCUCCAAUAGCCAGUAGGAAGGAAGUGACAAGUGGUUUCCGGGAAGUGGGGUAGAAAUAGUGAUUGGACAGUUGUGGCCUGUGAGAGCCCCUUUUGAGGUUCUGGCUUUUGGAACCUGAGGGUUAGGCCAGGGGAGCAGGUCUUGAAGGGUUUCCUGCAGGCAAACCCCUUUGCAUUCGUGUGCUCCAGAUCAUUGCCACUGGGAAUAUGGUGCCUUUUGCACAGGCCUUCUGCUUCCUUCAUCUCCUCUGGCCUUGCCUGUGUCUUCAUGUUUUGUUCUCUCAGCGGCCAGCCCCUUGACGUGUGCUGUCUUGACUCUCGGCAGAUACAUUGAGGACUUGCUGAAGCUGAAGAGUCAGGCACGGAGCGAAGGGGCCGAGUUCAUCACCUGGAAUGACAUCCAGUCGUGCGUUGACCGGGUGAACGUGGCAGUGCACGAAGAGCAUGAGCGUAAGUGGCUCUUGGGGUGUGGAAACUUCCCGCGGGGCGGGGGACGCCCUUGUUGCCCAAGCCUCCGUCCAAGCCCCAUCAGGGCUAGUUGGUGGCUUGGGAUCCGAAAGCCCUGCAUUGGUCCUGUUGGUGCCAUGACUGGGUGCGCAGGACUUCUUAGCGAGCCUGAAAUCACUGGUGAAAUCAAGGCGCCAUUCUGGGAAUGGAUGCGAAGGCAGCAAAGCACAGAAGGGCAUAUUCAGAGGUGGAGUGUGUGUCUUUUGCGUGGCCAAUGGCUAGUUCAAUUGGUGGCCACGCAAGGCAGUUUUCUAGCCCAGACUGUCAUAGGUUAGUCAGGUGGUUGCCUUAUCUAUAAAAGUAUCAGAUCAACAGGAAGUUGUGGGCUGAAAAUAACACGGUGCAACCCCAAACACUUGGGAUGCUAACCAGGCAAGACAGCAUGCCAGGAUGUGCUGUCGAAAGUCUGGCCCAUCUUGUCUUCCCUGUGCACUCGGCCUCUGUUAGGGUGAGGUCAGUGUCUCCCUUGAGGGAGGAGACGGUGCUCCUCCUCCUCAGGGGCAGGAGAAUGGGAGGACCUCCUUCAGCCCGGGAACGUCAGCAAGGGUGAAGUGGGUCUCAUCAGAGGGAGGCACCUCCUCCAGGGUCCAGCAUCUCUUGUGUUCAGCAGGUGCUUCCGUUGCUCUGAGGAACAAGAUGCUAGAGGCCUUGUCAGGCUUUAGCUGCCUUGAACUCAGCCAUUCCGAUUAGGGUUGUUAUGGCUGGUGUAUGGUUUUUACAACGUCUUCUGUAGCUCUAUAAAUUCAUAUUUAGGGCUAGUAUAUGACUUUUGUAAUUUGUUUUAUAUUUUAAUACUGCAUGAAAGCCACCUUGGGAAAGUCGUUUCCCUAAAGGGUGGCAUAUAAGCCUUUAGAGGGAAUAAACGGCAAAGUCAGCCCUCCCUGCUUGCUCCCCUCUGUGGGCUCUCCCAGUCAACCCUGGCUGCUCCCUCAGCCCUUUCAGUAAACUGGGGAGUGCUUUUCCCUUCCUUUCCUUUCCUUGCCUCGUCCUCAGGUGCCUGGCCUAACAGUUGCAGUGUGUGGGCCAGCAGAGAGCAGGAGCAGAAGGCCUACCGGGGGGGUGCCUCAUGUGCCCCUAGAGAUCCCCCUGCCUUCAUCCUUCCUUUCUGUCCUGUUUGCUCCAGGGAUCUUGGCAAUCGGGCUCAUCAAUGAGGCUUUGGACGAAGGAGAUGCGAGGAAGACCUUGCAGGCACUGCAGAUUCCUGCAGCAAAGCUGGAGGGGGUCACCCCCAAAGUAGCACAGCAUUACCAAGAUGUGCUGCUCCGCACCAAGAGGGAGAAAGCUCAGGUGCGUCGGGCAUCCCUCCCUGCAUCCAGGGGUGGGGAGGUUUUCACUGUCUGACUCCUCCGCUGAGAGUGUUCCACAGCCCCAUACUUUAGCGGGGUCAGGCCAGAUAACCUGGGCCAUCCUUUGGCGCCCAGGGAGGAUGGCGGUGAUGCCUCUGUUGGCUCUCAGAGGCCUUUAAGUGGCCUCCUGUCUGUGCACUGACAAGGUGUGCAACUUCUGCUGCAGCUUUGGGGUCCUCUUUGGCCCAUCAAUAAGACACUUGUAUGCAAUGUUGAUGUUUAUUAAUAGCAUUGCUUGUCCCCAGCCCCCUUUAUGUUCAUGAGCUUCUGUUGAGUCUCGUUUGGCCCAUCAGGAAAAUUUCUGGUUCUCUGAGGGCAGGGGAGGCAGAGACCCUGCCAAUCUCCUUCCACCCACUUAGAGCAAGGGGUAGCCAAUAUGGUGCCCUCAGGAUACUGUUGGACUCCAACUUCCAGCAAGGCCGAUGGUCAGGGAUAAUGGUAGGAGCUGCCACCAUCCCUUUCGAAGAGAGUAUUUCACUCUUCAUCAGUGCUUCAUCAGAGGCAAGCUGGACUGUGUACCAUUUAGCUAAAUGGAUUUUAGUUUAAAACUGAGCCAGUCUGUAGGUGGAGGCAAAUGUUGCUUUGCACGCCAGUCAUCUAGCAUGUCUAAAUUGGACUGGCUGAGACUGGAGUGGGCUGGGAAGAUUGAGAGGCAAAGUAGGCCUUUUGCCCCUCCCCUCGGUAUGACAUCCUCUCUUCUGUUUGGCUUCAGUUUCUCUGCUGGGGAUGAACCUUGCUUUGCUUUGCUUUCAGGAAACUCGGGAUGAAACAGCUGUCCUCUGGCUGGAUGAAAUCCAGGGGGGUGUUCUCCAGUCAAACAGGGACACAGAGGAAGCCCAGCGCUGUGAGUCUCCCUGUCGUCUUUUCAGCGGGUUUUUUUUUAGGGGGGGGGGGGAGCUGCCAAUCUCUGUUCCCAUCUAAAGAUGCAACCAUGCCAGUGGGGUGGGAAGCAGGUUCUGUUUAUUUGGACACUGGCAUUUCUCUUGGUCACACUUCCCAGAAGCCUGCUUCCUAAUUCCCAACUGGCAUUAGGGUCAUUUUAGCCCUAGGGAUCAAGGAUGUCUCUGUUUCGUCUCUUGGGAGGUUGCAAGUCUAAGUCAGUAGCCUGAGAUCUCCUUGUAAAAUGGCCAGUGUUCACUGUGGUGUUUAAUAAUAAUAAUAAUAAUAAUAAUUUAUUAUUUAUACCCCGCCCAUCUGGCUGGGCUUCCCCAGCCACUCUGGGCGGCUUCCAACCAAGUAUUAAAAUACAGUAAUACAUCAAACAUUAAAAGCUUCCCUAAACAGGGCUGCCUUCAGAUGUCUUCUAAAAGUUUGGUAGUUAUUUUUCUCUUUGACAUCUGGUGGGAGGGCAUUCUACAGGGCGGGUGCCACUACCGAGAAGGCCCUCUGCCUGGCUCCCUGUAACUUGGCUUCUCGCAGCGAGGGAACCACCAGAAGGCCCUCGGCGCUGGACCUCAGUGUCCGGGCAGAACGAUGGAGGUGGAGACGUUUAUUUUGUGGUCGCUCAGACUCCCCUCCACCCUCUCCCUGUGUUUUGGCCUGUGUCUCUGCAGAGGUUGCAAGGGCUUCUCUUGCUUUUAUCUCAGUUGCCGUAGGAAUCCUGGCCAUCAACGAGGCAGUGGACCAAGGAGAUGUUGGGGUAACCCUGGGCUGCCUGCGUUCAGCUGACGUAGGGCUGUAUGGCGUGACCCCAGAGUGUGCAGACACGUACCAGCAGGAGCUGGCGGAAGUCAAGAGGACGAAACUGGCAGCAGGUGAAGGCGGGGGCUGGAGAGGAAUGGGGGCUGUGGUCUGCAUGGGCCUGGACUGGCGGAGGGGAGAGGCUGUGUUCACAGCUAGGCUGUCUUUGGCCAUCCAGGCCAGCUUUGCCUCCUCUCCCCACUCUGCUCCUACCAGAGUACUUGCCUGGCAGUGUCUGCACACAUUGUGCCACAGAGCCCCACGGUUCCUCCUCACGGAGGCAGAGAAGAAGGGCUUCUUUGUCCCCCUCCCCACGACAUCCCAUUUCUUCCAGGAGACAACGGCAGUGAGUGGGUGAAGCACUGGGUGAAGGGAGGCUACCAUUAUUACCAUAACCUGAGAACCAAAGAAGGAAGCUGGGAAGAGCCCCAGGGAGGAUUUGUGCCAAAUAACACACAGCUCUCCCGGGAGGAUAUCCAGGUAUGUUGAGCAUGUGCCACCUCCUCUAGUCCUCAGCACCACCAAAUCAGGGCCAAGUGCCUCUUGACCUGGUCAGUGCAAGGGAGGGGUGUCAUCACAGGGUAUCAGGUUUGUUUUGCCCCCUCUCAAGUGAUCCUUGAUUUCCUUUGCUCAGUCACUGACAUGUGCAAGGCCCUUUAUGACUUCAGGGGGCAGCUCUGGGUGCUUCUGCUGCAAGAUUUCUUCUCGCUAUUUCUUUAAAACAGAACUAUGAUAGGAGUGGAGAAGUGGGACCCACUUCUUUGACUUGGCAGGAAUACCACCUGCCAUUUGGUUCUUCCCCUCCCUUCCAGCUGCUCAUUAUAAAAGCUAUUACGUAACUUUAGCAAUGGGUCUUAGGUUUGCUGGUUUUCCUCCUCCCUCCCCAUCCCGUUUUCCUUUUGUGCCAAGUCUAUUAGAUUGUAAGCCUGUGGGCACAGCCUGCUUUUCUAAUCUUGGCACAAUGCCUGGAAAAUUGUAAGGUAGUAGCUAUAUGAGAUAGUUGCAGCAAAAAGAAUAGCCUCGUAGUACCUUAAACACUAAAAGAUGUAUUAUGGCAUAAACUUCAGGAGCUUUAAUAAUAAUAAUAAUAAUAAUAAUAGUUUACAUUCCAGACAAAAACCAUAAAAUACAAUUAUAUUAGCAAAAUAUUAAAAUGACAUUAAAACCUGGUAGUACCCCUACACAGUGGCAAAAGGGCAGCAAAGGCAAUGUGUUAAAAGGUCCCUGAAGGUACAGUGAAUAAACACUCCCUGAGGUGAUUCCGGGAGCACCUGACAGACCAUCAGAGGCAGCAACUCCUUCCACCAUGAAGGCCGUUCUCUUGGGUCACCCUGAGUCGAGGGACCUGCCUCUGGGGCAAGGAUGGGUGUUGGUUGCCUUUUGGCUAGGUGCUGAGUGUGGCCUUUUUCCUCUGCCCCCCCGCCCCCCCGCUGCCUUUCCCUGGGCCAACGGGGAUCUAGAGCUCCAUCUCCGCUGUCACCGCCGCGUACAACCGAGAGCAGCUCUGGCUGGCCAAUGAGAACCUGAUUACCAGGCUGCAGGCCUGUUGCCGCGGCUACCUUGUCCGCCAGGAGUUCAGUGGCCGGAUGCGUUUCUUGAAGAAGCAAGUUCCUGCCAUCACCUGCAUCCAGGUACAGGGGGAACUAGUGGUGGGAGGGCAGGGAGAACUUGGGGAGAGAAAGCAAAGAGCUGCCGGGGGUGGGCAUUGAGGGUGGGGAACUCUGGGUCAGGGAUGUGUAAAGUGGCUGGUCUGUGGCGGUACCCACUUGGCAAAACUUCCUUUGGUCUGUUGGCUGGGCUUCUUCAAGGUUCCCACAGUCAACCCUUUUGUUCUCAUUCUGUUGUUUGCGGUUGCUGGCUGGGGAUACCAUGUUCUGCAGGCUGUACCUCACGGCUGUGGAGAAUUUGAGGAGCCCAGUUCUGGUGCCAGAGUGAUGGGCAGCUAAGCAAAGGGCCAUGCAGCCCCCCUUAGUCCCCUCUUCUUUCGCCCCAACCAAGUCAUGCAGGAGAACAGUCCAGCAUUGGCUUGGAAGAGUUUCUUUGUCUUUCCUGCUGGGGUAGGGGAGUGAGGUUGUUUAAGCUUUAAGCUCCCCCGGGGGAUCUGUUGCAAGGGUGGUGGAUAUUUUGGUUCCUUGUUUUCAAAUCUGGGUGACAGAGGCUCUUUGGAGAGAGCUGGCCAUGCUGCUGAAAGCCCAGAUCCUGUUUGCUGCUCAUUACGGUGCCACACUUCUUGGCACUGUUUCUGUUCAGAGUCCCUCGUUUUGAGGUGGUUUGGCUUUCAGUAGAGGCUGCUUUUGGUCCAGCAGCUGAGCAAAGAGAAGCAGUGGCUGUCCCCAGCUGUGAUCAGUUUUGGGGUGCAGACUGGAGGGAAGUGUGGGGGGGGUACAAAAGCAUACAGAAGAUGUUGCAGUCAGGCAAAGGAGGCCUCUAACCUGGUGUUGGGUUGGGUUUCAGUCUCAGUGGCGUGGCUACAAGCAGCGAAAGGCCUAUCAAGACCGCCUGAAGUACUUGGAGACCCACAAGGACGAAGCAGUGAAGGUAAUUAUCUUUCUAGGUCAGGCGCUUUGGAAUUGGAGCCUCACCCCGCUCCCACCUGCUCUAUCUUUCCAGGAUGGAUAAAACUAGUGGUCUCCUUCCCCUCCCUUGCCUCAGCCCAAGCCCUCUGGGACUCCUAGUGGCUGGUCUUAACCCCUUCAUACUCUAAAUAGCACUUAUACAUACAUAUUUAUGCUUGACAACAAUUUCCCACACUCUUUUAGAUGUGGCGGCCAUUUUAUGUUAGGCCAUGCCCUCGCAGCAGCCAUUUUGUAACCAGCAGCCACAAAAUUCCUGUGUGCCCACUAGCCCCAAAGAGUUGGCAACCUCUGCUUUCAAACAAACCUGAUAUGAGAUCCUCUGGCCCAUGGGUCUAAUCCAGCCUUCCGGGCCUUUCCAUCAAGCCCCAAGCCAUGCCCCCUCCUCUUUGGCUGUGCUUGCUUCGCUUCCCCACCCUCUCACAAGAGGCCAGCAAUAUUCCCAUGUCUCUUCCAGAAAAAGGCCGGCAGGGGUUGUCUGCCCUGAUCCCCUUCUGCCUGAUCAUCUUCUACUUGCUUUGCCUCUCUCAGUUAACCUCUCACUCUGCCCCACCCCCUGCAAAAAAAAAAAGGAAAGGAAAAGAAGGUCCUGUUCCUCUUUCGGCCAUCUGCUUUCCUCUUCCUCACUGCCAUGGUGCCUGCAGGCAAAACAAAAACAUCAUCCCCUUGGUAGGGCCAAGCACUACUCAGGCCUACUCCUUCCCAAAUGUGUCCACAGUAACCUCCUAGCAAAUGACUAGGUCACCUGCUUUGAAGCCUCCUUUCCCUCCUUUCCCAUGCAUCUCCUGGUGCAUGAUGUGCCAAGAUUGGAAAGCUCAGCCAUGGAUUGUCACCUCACCUGGCAAUGUAAGGACAGCAAAGGAGGGGGCUUCAUCUGACCCACGUGCAACCAGGAUGAGGAUACAAAGCCAGGGGCUCCACCUACCCUUCUCUACCAGAAAGCAGGAGGUCCCAGAGCCCCAUUCUCUCUCCUUUCCCCCCUACUCAGUUUAGUGGAGCACCCAUUUUCAAUUUUUUCCAUCUUCCACAGAUUCAAGCCAUGACCAGGAUGUACCAGGCCCGGAAACGGUACCGAGGUCGGCUGCAGUACUUCCGGGAUCAUGUAAGUGCAUUGCAGGUGGGGCUCCUGGGAUUGCUGGAUUCCCUCCCAUCAGCCCUGGUGACCAGCAGGGCCAAUGGAUGAUAGUGGUGUCAGUCAUGAUGAUGAUCGUGGAGGUUGCAGUCCAGUGACAUCCAGGGGUGGAGGGGCGUAGAUGAAAGCACAGGAUGGCAAAGGGUUUGCUUUUGUCUCUUGGCUAGAUCAAUGACAUUGUGAAGAUCCAGGCCUUCAUCCGUGCCAAUAAAGCUCGCGAUGACUACAAGACGCUGAGUGAGUAUUGGCAGGAAGGGAGGCCCACGCAGCUAGUCAUGUCCUGAAACUGCCCAAGAAGGGACUGUUGUGGCAAGCAGGAAGGCUGCCAUUUUUCAUUGGUUUCCUACAAUCCAGUUGUCCCACAGGGGACAUAAGGGGACAAAGCCACUCAGUGGAAGCUUUUUCUCUGUAACUGGCAUUGUGAGGUAACCAUGGCAAUAUUCGGCCCUAGCUAUUUUGGUCAUGGAAGUGGGUUUGGCAUGUGACCUCGCCAAAGCUUAUUAAGAAGUGGAUUGCUUCACUUGCCUGUCCUGUUUCUGCUGAGAGCCUGCCUUGGCUCCUUGGACCUCCCCACUCCCUCCCUCCCCUUCAAAACGGGGCAAAAUGGAGGGGUUUGGGUUCUUUCCUUUCAGUCUGUCUGCUUCUUAUGUACACAAGAAAGAGCAAUUCUCUCGUGAAAAUAAAUGAAAGGCCUGCUCCUUUUGUGCCAUCAGCAUUUGUCACCAUUCCUUGGCUGGCGUCUUUCCCUCCACAGUCAAUGCUGAAGACCCCCCGAUGGCGGUUGUCCGGAAGUUUGUGCACUUGCUUGAUCAGAGCGAUCAAGAUUUCCAAGAGGAACUGGACGUGAUGAAGCUGCGUGAGGAGGUCGUGACCUUGAUCCGCUCCAAUCAGCAGCUGGAGAAUGACCUCAACCUCAUGGACAUAAAAAUUGGCUUGCUGGUGAAGAACAAAAUCACGCUGCAGGUAUAGUCUGGGAGGGGAGCAAUCCCCCUUGCCAAGUUCUCCUCAAGCAACAAGGACACAGUUGUGUAUGGUGGGCUCUGAAGGUUUUUGUUAGUAGCCACUGAAGGUUAGAGCUUAUAAAGCAACAGUUCCCUCUCGUCAAUAAUUUCCCUGCCAGACCAGAUCAGUUAUCCGUCAGUUGUCCUAUGGCUGAUGAGAAAGAUGGCCACAUCCACAUAACGUGACGGUUGGGGGUAUCCUGUGUCUCUGAAUAUGGUGGGUUGUGUAUCUGCGAAGAUAAGAGGCCCCGAACAAUUCAAGGGAUAUCCAAAUCCCCCAAUUCGGCUAUUGCCUUAUGUAGCUUUGGUAAGCAUCUUUGUUCUUUUUCUGUCCCAAUAUUUCCAUUUCAAUGAUUGAUAGAUCUACUGAUACUGCUCAGCAGGUAAGGAAAACUUGGAUUUGAGGGCCAGAAGGGUGCUAGCCAGUAUUUCCAAGUCUGCCAAAGUCUACUCUUGGAUCAAAUGUUCAUUCUCGUGGGCAACCCCGACCUCCCACCUGGAGAGUCAGCAGCAGGAGACGAGGCCAGGGUCCCAGGGAAAGGAUGGGAUGCUAAGCACAGGCUCUGAAUUCCCCUCUGCCCUUCCCUCCUCGCUGCAGGAUGUCGUGUCUCACAGCAAGAAGCUUACCAAGAAGAAUAAGGAGCAGCUCUCGGACAUGAUGAUGUUGAACAAGCAAAGGGGAGGCUUGAAGGCUCUGAGCAAAGAGAAGAGGGAGAAGCUGGAGGCCUAUCAGCACCUCUUCUACUUGCUGCAGGUGAGGAGAGAGGAGGAGCUGUAGCGGGAGGUGACCCUUUGUCUUCUCUCCUUCUCUCCUGUCCGUGAACUGCUCUCAUGAUCCUCUCCUUGUUUUGCUGCAGACUAACCCCACUUACCUGGCUAAGCUGAUUUUCCAAAUGCCCCAGAACAAAUCCACAAAAUUCAUGGACUCUGUCAUCUUCACGCUGUACAACUAUGCCUCCAACCAGCGGGAGGAGUACCUGUUGCUGCGCCUCUUCAAGACUGCGCUGCAGGAGGAGAUCAAGUACGUGGGUCGAGAACCUUUAACUCUCAGGGGCUGCAUGGGGCGUAAAGACAGCUGUUGGCUACAGCUGUUCACCGCGCUUUGGGCUCUCAUUUUUUAAGUAGAGGUGCAGCCCUUGGCUACCAUGGGGAGUUGUGGAGCCCAGAUGCCUGUCACAGAGGGCAGCUUUCUUUGGUCUUCUGGUUCCUGCUGUCACUUUUGGCUCCCAAGUUGGAAAGCCAAGCAUGAGUUUGCCAUGUGGACAGCAGUAAAUGCUUGCAUGCGGUUGUAAGGGGAGGAGCAAUAAAUCUAUUUAAACUAUUAAAUUGAAAUACUCAAAAAGAAAAACAUUGCUUUUCCCCUGACUUUGCAUUCUCAGUUAUAGUGGUGUGGGGGCUCCUUUCACAUUGGAAUAAGUGCACCACCCUGAGAUUUUGUGAUGAAGGGUGGUAUAUAAAUUGGAUAUAGAUAGACAGAGGUACUUGUGCUUCCCUCUUUGUGGGAGACUGGCCGGGCGGCCAUUGACUAAUAGAAGAGGCGGGGAGGAAACUCCUCCUGGUUGAAGGUUCUGAAACAACCUGCAAACAAAAGCUGGAUCUGAAAACCUGAGGAUGAAGACAACAACAACAACAACAACAACAACAACAGGAAUGUAUGAAAGAGAAGUAUGAAAAUUGGAAGGCCACCCUCUGGGCUUGGGUACCAGCAUCUUCUGCUGGGAAAGUAAGCUGGUUUUCAUCCACAUGUGUUUCCAGCAAACCUUUCUCGCCUUCUUCCAGAUCAAAGGUGGAUCAGCUUCAAGAGAUUGUGACGGGAAACCCCACAGUGAUCAAGAUGGUGGUGAGCUUCAACCGUGGUGCUCGUGGACAGAACACCUUGAGGCAGAUCCUGGCCCCGGUUGUGAAGGAGAUCAUGGAGGACAAAUCUCUCAAUAUUAAAACUGAUCCAGUGGACAUCUACAAGUCCUGGGUCAAUCAGAUGGAGUCGCAGACCGGAGAGGCCAGGUAUGAGGGGCUGUUCAUGCUCACAGGAGGUACCAAAAAAGGUCUGGACGUUUUUCAGGGGAGAGAGAGACACAUCCUCAUUUGGAUUUUCACGUUUUGUGGCGGCUUGUAUCUGAAAAGUUCCUUUUUCCCCUCGAAAGUUUUAAAAAUAGAUUCCAUUCACUGAUACAUAAGAUUAAAUGUUUAGACCUGGAGGCCUCACAGUCAUGGCCUUAGGAAAGGUCAUGUAGUCAUUCCAGGGCACAAAGGUGAGCUGAACCUGGCAAAAGGUUUAGAGCCAUUUUUUAAAAACCAUGUUCUCAGUAAAGAGCGAUAUAGAAAGCUGCUUCAUUCAUUCCUCCCUUCUGCUUUGGGGGCAUUUAUCAAGGGUCAGAUGGUCAUAGGAGAGGAAUGUCAGCAAAGACCUCAAAACCCAAAGCUCCUGCUGGACUCCCUAUGUCCCCCCCCCCGCCCUCUGGGCUACCUGCCACCCACCGUCCUGUGGGAAGGAUGAUUGGGACAGAAGACUCCCUUAGAGCCCAUACCUGCGGGCCUUUCUCUCUCCCCACCCCCCACCUCAAAUAGGGCUGAUCUGUCACCAGGUGCCCCCUGGGCAGGAUCCAGAUGGCUGUUUAUGCACAUGUGCUGUUUGUUGUGUCUGUCCAGCAUAAGCUGGAGGGCUAAGAGGGGGAUGCAAGCGGUAGCACCCUCCAGCCGACACUUCCCACCACUCACCCGCCUUUCCUUGACAGUAAGCUGCCCUACGACGUCACACCGGAGCAAGCCCUGGCCCACGAGGAGGUCAAGACGCGCCUGGAUGCCUCCAUCAAGAACAUGCGGGCCAUCACCGACAAGUUUCUGCUGGCCAUCAUCGGCUCCCUGGAGAAAAUCCCGUGAGUGUCCCAAGCUGCCCCUCGGGCAGAUGCAGGCGGAGGAGGGUCCUUCUAAGCUUCUCUCCGCCUCUUUCCUCAUUCCCGGCCUUGUUCUCCCUCUACAGCUACGGCAUGCGCUUCAUUGCCAAGGUCUUGAAAGAUUCACUACACGAAAAAUUUCCUGACGCCAGUGAGGAUGAUCUGCUGAAGGUGAGGAAGCAGAGUUUCUCAAACACACACACACACACACACACACACACACACUCCACUUGCUUCGCGCUCUCUUGGUCAGACCACCUGUCAAUCACAUUUGCAGCUCCAGCGACCUAGGUGAGCAUGGAGGUGGGGGCUGCUUUGAGAGCAGAGGGGGUGGACUCGCUGCUUCUACUGCAUCUCUCUCUCUCUCUCUCUGUCUAUCUAUCUCUGCUGGGCUUCUUCCUUCUCUCUAAAGAGCUGCAGCCAGUGGUCACACUUGGUCUCAGCAGCAGCCUGUGCCACUUUCCUUUUUUUAAAAAAGAGAGCUUUUCAGGUAGACAAAUAAACUUUUUUUCAAAAAAUGUUUUUCAAAAGAGCAAGGAUGUCUCUCUGGUGGAUGGUCAGUGGCACUCUCUUCUCAUACAAGUUUAAAGCCUGAGAGAACUCACGAGGAUGGCCUUUCCGUCCAGUGGGUCUGCCCUGUUUUGGGGACUGUCGUGACCUGUGCCUGGCAGUUUCUCUCAAAGAUAAAGAGCCAUCUUGUGCCUUCUUCUAAAAAAGAGACCUGAAUGCUGUUGUUUUCUUCUUCUCUUCUAGUUCUGUGCUUUCCCACACUGAAGCAUCGAAUCUAGGCUUUCUCUGCAGGUGAAUUCCUUUUUUAAAGCAUGCCUUUAGGUGGGAAGCAGGCGGAGGAGCUUGCAGCGGCCACAGGGUAGCAGCAAAAAGUCAGGAUGGAAGUGCACAAUUCAGGGUGGGGGGAGCUGCUAAAGCAGCCAAUGAGCUGAAACCAUUCAACUUUUUCAUUAAAGUGGCUUGUGAACUCCUGGCUUCUCUGUAUCUCUGGGGAAAGAGCUGGGAGCCCUUAGCCCAUGGAUCACUGCCCAUUCCCCAUAGUCCAGCAGCGAAAACUUCCUAGCCUGUGGCUUUCUUUGACUACUGCCUUUUGAGGCUGUUGGGGAGGCAAGAUUAUAGCUCCAAGGCACUUCCGUGGGAGCCAACCCUCCCUCCCUUUCUUUCCUGGCGUGUCUCCAACCAGACAAAUGGCACCUGCUUAAUGUAGCCACCCAGUGGAGCUGAGAAAUGAUCUGCCCCGGGGCGUCUGUGCUGGAUGUUCCGUUUGCCAAGUCCUUGCCUUGUUUCUGGCUCUUCCUGGCUUUUUCCGCAUCUCAGCUGCAUUUCCCAAUGUGGCUAAUUCUCUUCCAAAGUGAGGAAAACAGCAGCUGCCUGCCUGCCUGCUCCCAAAUGCCUGCGGCUUCCUUUCCUUUCUAAAGCCCUAUUGCCUCCCCUCUGCCUCUUUGUGCAACUGAGCAGGUUGGCGGUGGGGGACAGAAUUGGUGAAAGUGGCUUCCUCCAGACAAGGUGAGGUCACAAAGGACUCUUUCCCUAGAUUGUAGGCAACCUUCUGUACUAUCGCUACAUGAACCCGGCCAUUGUGGCUCCAGAUGCCUUUGACAUCAUUGAUCUGUCAGCUGGAGGACAGUUGACGACAGACCAACGGCGAAACCUCGGCUCCAUUGCAAAAAUGUUGCAGCAUGCAGCAUCCAAUAAGAUGUUCCUGGGGGACAAUGCGCACCUAGGCAUCAUCAACGAGUACCUUUCUCAGUCCUACCAGAAAUUCAGGUAAAGUAGAGUGACAAUGACUUUCCGCAAGGAAUGAUGGGGCCAAUGACAGUGAAUUAUUCAGAACAGAUAGGAAGGAGGAGAUCUGUUUCUCUGGUGGGGGGGACACAUUUCCUUGUAAAGUCCCACAAGAAGUUGGCUGCUUCUGACAUGGCACAGACAUGGCUGACUGGCGUAAAUUCACAGUCCAACCUUGCUUGGGAAUUUCUCCUGAAAUACACCCUUGUAUUUAGGUAGCCACAACAACAGAUUCCCCAAAAGUUCUGUCACCUGGGGAAGUAAGGUUCCUUUCUGAGAAUUGGGCACGCAGAAAUAUUUUUAGCAGGGGAGACUCACUUGAGAACAAGUUUAGUUUUAUCUUUUCUUUCACCAAAUAGGGUGGGUGAGUGUGCUUCGUGGUCAAACUUAAAAGCCAAGGUUGUUGUGACUCCAGUUCCCAUCAUCCAGUGUGUUGCAUUCCAGUUUUAAAGGAUGCUGCUUGGGACUGCUCACCAUAGUGACUUAUGUGAAGUGUUAUAAUCACCCCAGCUGAGAAUCUCCUGGUGGAGGACAAAUAUGGUGCUUGUGAAGACCUAUUUGGCCAAAAUGGGGCAGAAAAGCAUCACCAGCUGGGUUGGGGGUGGCAGGGGUGGGACUUUCCAGAUUAGGUUAACUCUCUUUUGCCUUUCUGAAGGCGGUUUUUCCAGGCUGCUUGUGAAGUCCCAGAGCUGCAAGAGAAGUUCAAUGUUGAUGAAUAUUCAGACUUGGUGACCCUCACGAAGCCAGUGAUCUAUAUUUCCAUUGGAGAAAUAAUAAACACACACACUGUAAGUCUCCUUUGUGUAUUGGACUGUUGUGGUGUAGACUUACUCUCUUGGUAUAAAUAAAACAGUUUUCCUAAAGAAUACCAGAAACUAGACAAAAACAUCACAAACUUCACAAGCAUAAAUUAUUAUUAUUCAACCUGUAUUAUGUUUUUACUAUUUUUUGUUGGGAACUGCCCAGAAUGUCUGGGGCAACCCAGUCAGAUGGGCGGCAUAUAAAUAAUAAAGUGUUAUAAUAUCAUCAUCAUCAUUAUUAUUAUCAGCUCAUUGCCUAAUCUUUGUUACUCACAAACUAGCUGCUUUUGGACCAUCAAGAUGCCAUCGCUCCUGAGCACAAUGACCCUAUUCAUGAGCUUCUGGAUGACCUGGGGGAGGUGUCCACCAUUGAAUCUCUGAUAGGUGAGCUUUUUUUCUGAUUUAGUAAUGGGAAACAUGGUUCAAGUGUAUCUAUUGAGUGCUAAAACACUAGCCACAAACAAUCCAGAAGCAGGGCUAAGAUGCCUCUCCACCAGCCUUACUCCUGCCUGCAUAUUGAGGCCUCUGUAGCCAAAGCAAUGCAGGCACAUGUCAACAUUGCUAUUCCUAAGGUGAUUAAAUAGUGUCCUCCAGGUAAGAGACACGGCUGGCACCCAGGAACACACACAUUUAAAAUCACUUACUUAAAAAAUGAGUUUUCACAGGGGAAGAGACUAAAUGAGUGAAGCAAACAACCACACUCUUUUCCUAUGCUUUGCUUUUCUCCAAGGAGAGGGAUCUGGCAGCGUGAAUGAUCCAGCCAGUAAAGAGAUGCUGGCCAAGACAGAAGUUUCACUCACACUGACUAACAAAUUUGAUGUUCCUGGGGACGAGAACGCAGAGAUGGAUGCCAAGACAAUUCUGCUGAAGUAAGUAGGGGCCAUGACAGCCCCUGAACCUUUCUCACUUUCACAUCCAAGGCACCUGGGGCUGUCCCAUUUCACCAAAGCAUUUGCCGAGGCUUUAAGAAAAGGCUGGCUGGCUGCAGGGAGCCAAAGGCUUAUCAGUGAGCUUCAUGGCUUAGUGGAGAUUCUGAACCUGCAUCUCUCCACUCUGAAUCCCCUACCCAGUUCUCUAGGUAAAACACAAAAGAUGGCAACAUCCAGAAAUAACAGAAGUAUUCAGGGAAGUGAAAUGACUAAAAAUGUGUCUUGCUCUCAGCAUGUUGGGUUCCACUAUUUGAUUAUCAUGUAUCUAAGAGGAGGAAGAGGGAGAGAGGGUCCUCAAAAUGAUGGCAAAGUUGUUGUCCCAAGGUUCUGAUCAUCCACCACAGGUAAUUAGCAGCCAUUUGAGGUGUACAGAAGUCUGCAUCUCUUUGUACAUGUAUGCUACAUGUUGAUACAUAGCAACUGCUGUGAUAUUCAGCAGCACACUGGGCUUUUAUUAAGGAUUACUUGAAAUUCCUGUGUCCACAAAACCUGUGUUCAGAAACUAGGGGUGUAGUGAGAGAUAGUGUUGCCAUCGUGCUCAGUGUGUGAACUCCUAGGAGGAAAUUGAUUGACAGCUUUCUGAAUAAGGAAUGCAAACUUUUGAUGCAAUCCAGAAUAAUUCCUACACAUACUUACUAAAUAUCAGGACUGCUGGGGUACGUUCCUCAUUCCUGGUGUGUCAGUUCAGACUUCUUGUUUUCUUUGCCCAGUUCUCCUUGGAAAGAUCCCUUUCUCAAGGGACUCUUUAUCCAGGCAGACGGCUGGAGAGCUUAGAAUCUUCUGAACAGACUUCUGAGGCCCGUAGUGAAGACAGCUGGCAGGGCUAACCCACUUGUAAUUCUCCUUAAUGCUGAGGAACCCUAGAUUAGGCAAUUUGCUUCCCUUAGCCAGUCAUAAGGAACCAGUGGGACUGUACUGGAGAAGGCACUCCUUCAAGUCACCUGGUCCCAAGCUGUUUCAGAGGUUUUGGACAUCAUAACCAGAACCUUAAACCCAGCUCAGGGGCUAAUUGGCAGCCAGUGCAACUGCUUCAGGAGACAUGAAAUAAGCAUUCCAUGUGGCACCCCAGUGGGCCUCCUUUUGCAGUAGCUACAGCCCCUGCACAAGCCUUGCGUAGAGUGCAUUACAGUAACCCAGCCUUCAGGCUCACAGUUCAUAAAAUCACAGUGGCAAGGCUACGUGUAAGAACAUCUGCAUCUUUCUGUGCCGCUGAGAUGUGAGUUGUCAAGGGUGGGUGUUUCUGUGAUUUCCUUCCUCUUUUGAGUAUCUCCCUGAUGGUGCAUAUUUGGCGGAAGAGACAACAGGCACUUGCUCAGCGAUGGCACGUUGAUUCUUCCUUUCCUUUUGCUUUUCAGCACAAAGCGCUUAAUUGUGGAUGUGAUCCGCUUCCAGCCAGGAGAGACACUGACUGAGAUCCUGGAAACUCCAGCCAGUGCUGAACAGGUAAUGGGGAGGAGGUGUAGUCAUGUUGGAGCAGACGCCAAAGUCUUCCUGUCUCCAAGGGGCAAGAGUGUGUUGCAGGCCUGGGGGAACGGCAGUCUGUGACUGACAGUUCAAAGAAGAGAAGGGCUCUGGCCUCCGGUUGUGUAUGUUGGUGUGGCGGGGCAGGAAUGUGUGUACCAGAACAGACCAGUUGCAACAGCCUUUCUGACACCCCAAUCCCCACCCAGGAAGCCGAACACCAGAGAGCCAUGCAGAGGCGAGCCAUUCGGGAUGCCAAAACUCCUGACAAGAUGAAGAAAUCCAAAGCGGUCAAGGAGGACAGCAACCUGAGCCUUCAAGAAAAGAAGGAAAAGAUAAAAUCGGCCCUGAAGAAGCUGACUGAACUGGGGACAGUGAACCCCAAGAACAGAUACCAGGAUCUGAUCAACGAUGUGGCCAAGGUAGGCGGCAUCCAGGGAAACUGAGCUAACAGCCAGCGGGCUUGUGCUGGCAGGUGCAUAUGCUGUGUGACGGAUAAAGGCAACUGGGGAUGAGGGUGGCUACUCAAUGCACAUGUGCACACACACUUGGAAUGUCUUGGGUGGGGAUGAGUUAGAAGGUAAGCCUGUUUCCCCUUCCCCUUCUGCUCCCCCCCCCAAACUCUAGGACAUUCGAAAUCAGCGGCGCUAUCGCCAAAGGAGAAAAGCAGAGCUGGUGAAGUUGCAGCAGACCCACAACGCCCUCACCUCCAAGGCGACUUUUUAUGAGGAGCAGGUGGAUUACUACAAGAGCUAUAUCAAAACGUGCCUGGAUAACUUAGCCAGCAAGGGCAAGUGAGUGGCAGCCCCCAGAGGUGUGGGGUUGUAUGGGUGUACCCUGGGUCCUUGGGAAACCUCCUGACAUGAAAACAAAAAAAUGGAGAGGGGGGAUUGCCAGGUGAUGAGAAGAAAAAUGGUGACUUGAUAAAGAGUGUAAGAGCAAGGAGGGUUAGCUCUCAAAGAGCUGCCUGCAGGAAGAGCAGGAGUCAGGGGGAGUUAUUUCCACCCCCAGGUGUAUUGGUGGCCCUUGGGGAGGGAAAGGCAAAAACCCAGUGCCUUGGGUCAAGUCUUUGUCAGCCUCAAUGCUUGUCAAGUCAGACCUCAAAUCCUACAAAUGGGAGAAUGCCUCUCAGUGAGGUGCCCGUCCCUCUUUUCCUCAGGGUUUCCAAAAAACCACGGGAGAUGAAGGGAAAGAAGAGCAAAAAGAUCUCCCUGAAAUACACGGCAGCCCGGCUCCAUGAAAAGGGAGUCCUGUUGGAAAUUGAAGAUCUGCAAGCCAGCCAGUGAGUAUGCCAUUUAUCACAGCAGCGUGCACAGAGGCAAGUCUCACCCAGUCAGCAGCAUUCUGGAUAAAAUUGGGAAUGAACAUUUUCAUGGAUUAGGGUGUUUGUGUGUAAAUAUUUGCUAGGAGAGUGCAUCAGAUUUAGACUAAUUCUGGGGCCAAGUAGGGCUCCUAAGAAGGACUUUUGGCUUGUCAGAGGCAAAGUGGGAGCUGUAGAAGACCUCUGAAGCACUUCAUGGUGCUUCUGUGGACUAGACAUCAAAAACAGUGCUUGCUUGCAAGUGUCUUAUAAAACUGAAAGUAAUCUCUAAGCUUACCCAGACAUGGCAAUGCCAGAAUGGAAUGAUGGGUAAGGGAGAGGAAGGAAACUGUACCUUGUGACUGGCAGGUCAAGUAAAGGACUCAUUUUACCUAGAAAUACAAUUGCUUUCAGUUCUUCCAAUCUGAAAUCCCCACUGAAUCUCUCUAGUGCAAGUACUUAAUUCCUAUCCAGUAAUCCUUUAUUCUUCACUUCAGCUCCCAAUGGCACAUUAAAACAAUAAGCAUUUUUUUUUGUCCCCAAACUGUAUAGAUUCAAAAAUGUGAUAUUUGAAAUUAGCCCAACGGAAGAAGUUGGAGACUUUGAGGUAAAAGCAAAGUUCAUGGGUGUACAGAUGGAGACGUUCAUUCUACAUUAUCAGGUAUGGAUCUUGAUGUUGUUUGUACAAUCCACCCUUAUACUGAGUUUGCAUCAGGGGAUUUCGUUCAGGGUCUCCAAACUGUGAUGGGGAAGGAGAGGACAAUAUUAGAUAUUGAACAAAAAAUCAUUAUGACCUAUUCUCCUGGACUGCCUUCCAGGUUUAUCUAAAUUAGAUUGAGGAGCACACUUCUUCAAAGGAAGCAGAAAGUGAAAAUCUGGGGAACUAAUUGAACAAAAUGUUGGCCCAUCUUCUCCAGAAUGAGUCAGGCAGGGAAUGACUGUGCUUGUGUGUUUAGACUCCGAGGGGAGGGGUCCACUGGGCCCUAGGUGAUGCUUGAGUUGGAUUGUAUAAUAAUAAUAAUAACAAUAAUAAUAAUAUCCAGCUGCAGACCUUAAUGAAAAGACAGAUGUAUUUAAAUGUGCUAGCAGUUUUACAUAAAUAGAUGGAUUUUAAAAAUGACUCUCCACUCCCCCCCCCCCCCCGGGAUGGUAGUGGUGGGGAGAUUUAUUGUGUUUGCACUAGAUGAUGCAGCAGCUUUGUGGCUGCUUCAGUUUUCUGAAAAAAUGCCUUUUCACACAUCCCCCACCCCCCAGUGCAGGUGGACAUCGCAAAAUGGUUUGGGAAUAGGCUUCUCCUUGAUCAGGAGACUGUGUCUUCCAGACUUGUUCCUGGAGGGCACAGAGGCCUCCUUCCCACCCUCCAGGCCUGCCAUGCCCAAUGCCAGAGCUGUAGCGCUUAUAUAUUUAUUUUUAAAAAUAGUUCAUUCCUCCUCUUUUCCCUCAUGGCCUAAUUAGUGAGCAAGGAGAUCUCCAGCAGUGAUUCUAAGCAAUAGUCCUAUUAUCAAUUGUUGAUCCUAGACUGGAGUAAGAGUUUAGUUAUUAUAUUCAUCUUUUUUGCCCAAUUUCAUUCUUAGAACUUUUUUAAUGUGCUGAAAUAAUCUCAGGGGAGUAUAUGGGGGGGAGCAAAGUGGAUGGUGCAAAUGCAUAUAACUUGCCUAGGAAAAAUAACUCCUAAAGCUUAAUCUAUUCACUGCCAACUUAUUCUCCGUUUAGCCUGCUAUCAGAAAGUAUGCAAGCAUCAAGCAAUUGGGGUAUAAUUGCUGGGGCAUAACAUGGCUUGCUGUUCCCUUUCAAUCUGCAGCCAAACGCAACAUUCACAGUCCCUCAUGUGUGCUCCAUCCUCAUUUCUUGGAAAUGAGUUGAAGAGUCAGUGCAGAGGCAUUUCCAGAAUAAUUUAUUUCAGCAAAAUGGCAUGUGCACAUUAUUACAUGGGGAAAUCACUUUUUUCCCCCUUAUUUGGCAGCAUUAAAGAAAAAUGUGCACUUAAAAUUACCGAAAACAAAAUUAGAAUGUCCAACAGGUACGGCAUUCAUGCUUUUACCAGUGAGGAAAUCAGUUUUGGAGAAGUAUCAAUGCAUGGAAUAGGGUUCCUUCCCACCCUGUGCAAAACAGAGAACCCUUCACUAUAACAGCUUGAUAGCAUCCCCUUCCGCUGAGCAUCACAAAAAAAUGAUGGCAUGUGCUAUUUGAGAAAUGACUGCUAGGUAUGAUUUGCCCAUCUCUGAGGUCCAAACUGGACAAAAUGUAUGAAUGCUAUAGGCCAAGCCUCUGUACGCUGACCAGGUGUGUCCUAGGAGCCACAGCUGAGAAUUUAUUCUCUCUCUCUCUCUCCCUGCCCCUCCUCUGGCUCCCACAGGAUCUGUUGCAGCUCCAGUAUGAAGGUGUGGCUGUCAUGAAGUUGUUUGACCGAGCAAAAGUGAAUGUCAAUCUCCUCAUUUUUCUCCUAAACAAGAAGUUCUAUGGGAAGUAACUCUUGUUACUUGGAAGUCUGUGGAAAAGGAGCUUUGAGUUUCUUUCUGUGAGCUGCUUCACCCACCAGUGGCUCCCAAAACGAGCAGCUCUCUUCCCACAUUGCCAACCUCGGCUGGCUCCAGAUCUUUGCACCCAUCCUGACGUAUGGCUGCACCGCCUCCUGCAUAUUGUUUCCCAUGUACUCAACACCCAGAAUUAAACCAUUAUUAGCCUGAGUGGUUGGUUUGUUUGUUGUCUUUGGGGGUGUUUAGUCCAAGUCUUGGACUUUCCCUCCUCUUCUACCCCCCAAUCUAUUGUAGUGUAGUUUGAUAUUCCUAUAGCAUUAUGGUGGCUACUAAGGUGACCAAACCACCAAGACAGCAGCUGGAGGCACUUCUGCUCUGGCCGUGGGCCAUCUCAUGUGAUCAAGUAGGUGGUUCUUGGUAGGAAGGCAAGAUGGGCAAUUUUGAGCCUCAUCAAGGUGGAUAAACAGAUCUGGCUUAUGGAGCAGCAGUCUCUGUGCCCAGUGUCCCGCUGAAAUGAAUGAAAGUGGCGGCAGAAAUCAAGUACGUUAAGUUUCUUGCCUUAACAGCCUAGUAGAAACAAUCAGAAAUAUAUCAUAAAGCAGUGGAGGGGCCUGCUGAAUUAAUAGGAGUAAAAUUAAGCAUAGGGGGCUAGUUCUGCUUGAAGUUUUCUUCAUAGUGCAUGCCUGCAACACUGACUGGUCAUUUGUAAUGUUCCUUUGGGAUAAAUCCUGUAUUGGGUCCCUCCGCCUAUACCCAUACUGUGGUCUCUAUGCACUUUUGUUAAAUAAAAUUCUAAGGACUGGAAUUUAUUGGAUGGAUCCUCUUUUGGCCCAAGACACCACACAGUACGUAAGACUGCUGCCCUCAGUUGCAGCAUUCUCUGUUACGAAGCAAUAAGACACAAAACUCAAAAAGGCUGCCACAGCUUCAAUGGGCAGCCCUCACUUCACUCCAAAAGAGAGUCCUGAGUUGGCAGCAGAGGCUCCUACCAGAUACUGGUCUGCUGAAAAGACUGUCCUAUAUUAAACAGUUUCUGCUCUUCCCUGUGGGGUACAGAAGAGGAAUAGGAAACUUGUGACUUUCCAUAUGCUUCUUGUUCAAUCCCAGUUCCCUUCAGGUCCAGUUAGCGUGGCCUAUGCUGAAAGAUGAAAGCUAUACUCCAGCCUCAUCUGAGGGGUCACAGGUUCCAUAACCCAAGUACAACCACACAAUGUGGAUUAAAUUCUAAUUGCUGUGAAAACCCCAAAUGCUGAGCGAGUUGUCCAGGGGGAUUUUUCCUUAGAGGGAGUCAUUCCAUGUUCCCGUGUCUCCACGCAGGUGCCAAUCAGCCUUUGAAACAACAGUAAGAGCUGGCUUUUCUGUCACAACUGCCUGAGUGGCACGGUUAUCAUCUCUGUUUCCAUCUAGAAUACAAGAAGAUAAUUACUUUAUACCAAGCUCAGACCAUUGAUCUCAUAAGCCAGCAACAGCUUUCCCACCCAACCAAGAACCAAGGACUGGGAUGAAUCCAGAAGGAUGCUCUGUCAUUUCCCCUACCCUGAACCUGGCUUUUCCCCACCUCAAGCCCUUUCAACACUUCACCCACCUUGAAGCCUAAGUUAUAAACUAUACAUGUUACGUUGUUGAAGGAGUAAAAACAAGUUAAAGUUAAAUACUGCCUCUAUUUCAUUCUCCCCUUCCCUCCACUGCCAAUGUUUGGGCCUGCCAAGUUCAGCAAGACUUAUUCCCAAAUAAGAGUUACUAAGAUCGCCAAUGUCAGUGUUGUGUGGAGGAGGAAAUAAUUUUGCUCAACUUACUCAGGCUUGUUUCAUACGAAAUUCCAUGUUGAGUAAGUAAAUCUGUAAGCCUCUUCAGAUCUUUAGAAAGUUCUUUGUACUCCUAGAAAAUAAGAGGGCAAUGGUUAUCCACAAAUACAGGUAACAACUUAACAUAAAAGUUCAGAAAAUACAAAAUGUCCAAAUAGAGAAUCCUUUACGUCAUCAAGAUAAUGAUUAUGUCUGGGAGAGCCACUCUAAUAGCAGGCUUGAAACCCAGUCAGGCCCUUGCCACUCUUUACUUGCAUCCAUAGAACUUUUAAGCACUGGGCAACGUUCACUGAUGCUAUUCAUUCCAGCAAAAUCUGACAUACCUCCCACUCAGCCUCUAUGCCUAUUUUUUUAAUAGACGAAGUCACUGAAACAGCACAAGAAGAAGAAUGCAGAAUGAUAAACAACGGCCACAAUGUACCAGCCUAGCAUCUCAGGCACCAAUUUUUGUACCUUAUUGCACUUUCCCAGUGAAUCAAAUUCCAGGUGUUGAGGCUUUGUUUUCUUUCCUUCACUCACUUUCUCUCCAGUUAAUUUAAAAAAGCCUGCUUCUUCAAAUAUCUCUUUCAACCAUUUCUUGUAUCCCUAGAAAACAAAAUAUCAAAUAAAGCCUUAUUUUUACCCUCCC